AUGUCUGUUGAGAGAGACCAGUCACAGUACAACAGACUGUCAAAAUAAAUACCAGCUAAUCAGUAUAUUACUGUGUAACUAACUAUACUGUUUUGUUUCUGAGGCAGCCAACUUUCUGCUCAGGCUCUCAAGUCUAAUACUCAUUUUGAUGUUGAAUUUGAUAUCUCAUGUAAGCUACUCCAUAACGGGAAGUAAACACAGGAACAUUUACAUGAUUUUUGUCAUUUAGCAGACACUCUUGUCCAGAGCGACUUACAGUUAGUCCAUGAACCUAAAGAGAGCUAAAUGAGACAACCACAAUUCACAUAGCCCAUUUGAGGGUAAGUGUAGCCUACGGUAUCUAGCUGAAAACUGUUUAAUUCCUCUGUAGUUAUGUGUUCUGGAUCGACAGUGGAGAGUAUCCCCAUAUUGGGAGGAUAGGUUUGGACGGCAGCAGCCGGACGGUGAUCAGCGAUACAGACAUUUUCAGCCCUGCAGCUCUCACCAUCGACUACACAGCAAAAAGACUGUACUGGGCUGACUCACAUCAUAUUCUCUUCUCAAACAUGGACGGUUCAAAAAGACACAAAGGUAAGUGACAGUGAAUUGACUAUUGCCCUUGGUCUUAGUCUCUCUCUCUUGCUCUCUCGCUCUCUCGCUCUCUUGCUCUAUCUUUCUAUCUAUCUAUCUAUCUAUCUAUCUAUCUAUCUAUCUAUCUAUCUAUCUAUCUAUCUAUCUAUCUAUCUAUCUAUCUAUCUUAUCUAUCUUAUCUAUCUUAUCUAUCUUAUCUAUCUUAUCUAUCGUGCCUUGCAAAAGUAUUCAUCCCCCUUGGCGUUUUUGCUACUUUGUUGCAUUACAACCUGUAAUUUAAAUGGAUUUUUAUUUGGAUUGAAUGAAAAAAAAGUGGAAUGAAAAAAAUACCUUGUUUCCAAAAAAUUUAUAACGGAAAAGUGGUGCGUGCAUAUGUAUUCACCCCCUUUGCUAUGAAGCCCCUAAAUAAGAUCUGGUGCAACCAAUUACCUUCAGAAGUCACAUAAUUAGUUAAAUAAAUUCCACCUGUGUGCAAUCUAAGUGUCACAUGAUCUCAGUAUAUAUACACCUGUUCUGAAAGCCCCCAGAGUCUGCAACACCACUAAGCAAGGGGCACCACCAAGUAACCGGCACCAUGAAGACCAAGGAGCUCUCCAAACAGGUCAGGGACAAAGUUGUGGAGAAGUACAGAUCAGGGUUGGGUUAUAAAAAAAUAUCAGAAACUUUGAACAUCCCACGGAGCACCAUUAAAUCCAUUAUUAAAAAAUGGAAAGAAUAUGGCACCACAACAAACCUGCCAAGAGAGAGCCGCCCACCAAAACUCACGGACCAGGCAAGGAGGGCAUUAAUCAGAGAGGCAACAAAGAGACCAAAGAUAACCCUGAAGGAGCUGCAAAGCUCCACAGCAGGGAUUGGAGUAUCUGUCCAUAGGACCACUUUAAGCCGUACACUCCACAGAGCUGGGCUUUACGGAAGAGUGGCCAGAAAGUAUAAGUAUUAGUAUACACACGUUUGGUGUUCGCCAAAAGGCAUGUGGGAGACUCCCCAAACAUAUGGAAGAAGGUACUCUGGUCAGAUGAGAUUAAAUUGAGCUUUUUGGCCAUCAAGGAAAACGCUAUGUCUGGCGCAAACCCAACACCUCUCAUCACCCCGAGAACACCAUGUUUUUCAUCAGCAGGGACUGGGAAACUGGUCAGAAAUGAAGGAAUGAUGGAUGGCACUAAAUACAGGGAAAUUCUUGAGGGAAACCUGUUUCAGACUUCCAGAGAUUUGAGACUGGGACGGAGGUUCACCUUCCAGCAGGACAAUGACCCUAAUUAUACUGCUAAAGCAACACCCGAGUGGUUUAAGGGGAAACAUUUAAAUGUCUUGGAAUGGCCUAGUCAAAGCCCAGACCUCAAUCCAAUUGAGAAUCUGUGGUAUGACUUAAAGAUUGCUGUACACCAGCGGAACCCAUCCAACUUGAAGGAGCUGGAGCAGCUUUGCCUUGAAGAAUGGGCAAAAAUCCCAGUGGCUAGAUGUGCCAAGCUUACAGAGACAUAUCCCAAGAGACUUGCAGCUUUAAUUGCUGCAAAAGGUGACUCUACAAAGUAUUGACUUUGGGGGGGGGGGGGUGAAUAGUUAUAUACGCUCAAGUGUUCUGUUUUUUUGUCUUAUUUCUUAUUUGUUUCACACAACAACAAAAACAUUGCAUCUUCAAAGUGGUAGGCAUGUUGUGUAAAUCAAAUGAUACAACCCCCCCCCCCAAAAAUCAAUUUAAAUUCCAGGUUGUAAGGCAACAAAAUAGGAAAAAUGCCAAGGGGGGUGAAUACUUUCGCAAGCCACUGUAUCUACUGUAUCUACAGUUAAGUCGGAAAAUUACAUACACUUAGUUUGGAGUCAUUAAAACUUGUUUUUCAACCACUCCACAAAUGUCUUGUUAACAAACUAUAGUUUUGGCAAGUCGGUUAGGACAUCUACUUUGUGCAUGACACAAGUAAUUUUUCCAACAAUUAUUUACAGACAGAUUAUUUCACUUAUAAUUCACUGUACCACAAUUUCAGUGGGUCAUAAGUUUACAUACACUAAGUUGACUGUGCCUUUAAACAGCUUGGAAAAUUCCAGAAAAUGAUGUCAUGGCUUUAGAAGCUUCUGAUAGGCUAUUUGACAUCAUUUGAGUCAAUUGGAGGUGUACCUGUGGAUGUAUUUCAAGGCCUACCUUCAAACUCAGUGCCACUUUGCUUGACAUCAUGGGAAAAUGAAAAGAAACCAGCCAAGACCUCCAAAAAAAAUUGUAGACUUCCACAAGUCUGGUUCAUCCUUGGGAGCAAUUUCCAAACGCCUGAAGGUACCACGUUCAUCUGUACAAACAAUAGUACGCAAGUAUAAACACCAUGGGACCACGCAGCCGUCAUACCACUCAGGAAGGAGACGCGUUCUGUCUCCUAGAGAUGAAUGUACUUUGGUGCGAAAAGUGCAAAUCAAUCACAGAACAACAGCAAAGGACCUUGUGAAGAUGCUGGAGGAAACAGGUACAAAAGUAUCUAUAUCCUGUAAUGAAUACUCGGACAGAGUGGUAAGAUCCAAUCGCAGAAUAGCGAUGCUUUAUUAGAGUACAGACAAGGGAAUAGCUUAAUCGUGGUCGGGCGGGCUGUGGUCAAAACCGGGCCAGGCAUAGACAGGCAGAGGUACCAAGGGAGCGGGCGUAGUCGUAGUCGAGGGCACAGGCACAGGGUCAGAGUACGGUAAUCACUGGGAUAGACAAGCAGAGGGUUAAGCAAUUCGGGGAGUCAAACAACAAGGCACAGGUCGGAUACACGGGUAAUCAAAAACAACAAACUCUCUCUCUCUCUCUCGGAACAAAACGCUUAGCAAGUCACAAUGGAACAAUACCUCGCACCGACUGAACUUCUGAGCACACCUUAUAUCCUACCCUAAUUACGGACAGGUGUGCUCAGAACUCAGGUGAACCAGAUCGAGUCUGAUGACUCCCCCUCUCAGUAGAUCGGGGAAGUGUCAGACUCUGUCUAGACCCAGCCAACCCCCGAUCCCUUACAUAUCCACAGUAAAACGAGUCCUAUAUCAAAAUAACCUGAAAGGCCGCUCUGCAAGGAAGAAGCCACUGUUCCAAAACCGCCAUAAAAAAGCCAGACUACGGUUUGCAACUGCACAUGGGGACAAAGAUCGUACUUUCUGGAGAAAUGUCCUCUGGUCUGAUGAAACAAAAAUAUAGCUGUUUGGCCAUAAUGACCAUCGUUAUGUUUGGAAGAAAAAGGGGGAUACUUGCAAGCUGAAGAACACCAUCCCAACCGUGAAGCAUGGGGGUGGAAGCAUCAUGCUGUGGGGGUGCUUGGCUGCAGGAGGGACUGGUGCACUUCACAAAAUAGAUGGCAUCAUGAGGAAGGAAAAUGAUGUGGCUAUAUUGAAGCAACAUCUCAAGACAUCAGUCAGGAAGUUAAAGCUUGGUCGGAAAUGGGUCUUCCAAAUGGACAAUGACCCCAAGCAUACUUCCAAUGUUGUGGCAAAAUGGCUUAAGGACAACAAAGUCAAGGUAUUGGAGUGGCCAUCACAAAGCCCUGACCUCUAUCCUAUAGAAAAUGUGUGGGCAGAACUGAAAAAGCGUGUGCGAGCAAGGAGGCCUACAAACCUGACUCAGUUACACAAGCUCUGUCAGGAGGAAUGGGCCAAACAUUCACCCAACUUAUUGUGGGAAGCUUGUGGAAGGCUACCCGAAAAGUUUGACCCAAGUUAAACAAUUGAAAGGCAAUGCUACCAAAUACGAAUUGAGUGUAUGUAAACUUCUGACCCACUGGGAAUGUGAUGAAAGAAAUAAAAGCUGAAAUAAAUAAUUAUCUUUACUCUAUUAUUCUGACAUUUCACAAUCUUAAGAUAAAGUGGUGAUCCUAACUGACCUAAGACAGGGCAUUUCUACUAGGAUUAAAUGUCAGGAAUUGUGAAAAAAUGAAUUUAAAUGUAUUUGGCUAAGGUGUAUGUAAACUUCCGACUUCAACUGUAUCUAUCUAUCUAUCUAUCUCACCUCUCAAAAUGUAGUAGCUCAAUUGGCUUUGUAAAUAUUCAUUUGUGCAGAUUCAAGGUCAGUUUGUCAUUGAUUGCUUAAUGUACUUUUUCAGACUUUAGAUAAAAGCCUUGACAUUACUGUGAAAAUGUUUGUCCAUGAUUGAUUCAACUCCAUAGAAACUGAGUGUGAGCCAAGUCAUUAUUAUGCGUGUUCCAUACACUUAGUUAUUAAUUUGUUCUAACACAAUUUUCACCCAGUGCUAUUUGGUUCACAAACAAACCAUAAUGUUCAAGCAUUAAACAUUCUCAACAUAUUUUUAUUGUUCAUUUCAUUUCAGUUUUUCAUCUUCAACAGCUAGUUUGUGAUUAGCUGCAAUAGUUACUAUAGUCUUCUCCCUGCUCUACUAAGCCAUGCUGACAGACGGACGGAUGGACAGUCCAUUUAGUCACGUCUUUACUCCUCUUUACCAGCAAUAAAACAUCACAGAGCCUGGCAGCUUGUCACAGCAAUUACUCAGGACGAGCUGUGUGUGUAUGUGUGUGUGCGUUCACGCGUAUUCCAGACUCUGAAUAAUCAGUGUGUAUUCCAUUCCAGUGCUUAGUCAAGGCAUCCGGGAGGUGACGGGGCUGACUCUGUUUGAGGAUGUCAUCUAUUGGACGGAUGAGAAGUCCAAGUCUCUGAACCGGGCCCACAAGACCUCCGGGGCUCAGGGAGCAGAGCUGCUCAGAUACUGGAGAGCCAUCCACAACAUCAAGGUGUACCACCCUCUCCGCCAGCCCGACGGUAAUUAUCUAUGACUCAGUGUGUGUGUGUGUGUGUGUGUGUGUGGUGUCUGCAUGCCUUCGAGGGAGAGGGAUAUUUCUUUUUUGUAAUGAGCAAACGUGCCCUCAGACUAAUGAUGCUGACAGCAGAGUGGAGGGGAAAUGGCUCUAGCUGUGGAUGUUGGUUUUAGCCUCCCUCUCCCUCUCUUCGCCGCAGUGCCCAAACACCAGUGUCAGGUGACCAACGGAGGCUGCAGCCACCUGUGUCUGCUCUCCCCCGGGGGAGGUUACAGGUGUGCCUGCCCCACCCACUUCUACCUGGCUGCAGACAACAAGACCUGCCUGUCCAACUGCACAGCCAGCCAGGUCAGUGGCCCUUUUCUCCUACUGCUUACAAAAAGAUUUUACAUUUUAGUCAUUUAGCAGACGUUGUUAUCCAGAGCGACUUACAUUUAGUGAAUCUUUCCUCAGUAAAAAUUAGGGGAGUGCUUAUAUUUGACCUGUUAUACACUUGUACAAGUGUGUAAUGGAAAUGUCUUUCUUGCAUAUCCCAACUCCAACCGAGACACCCAUAGGGAGUGGGGUCACGACCAGGGUCACCAUUGUCCAGCGCCCCUGGAUCAAUUGGGUUAAGUGCCUUGCUCAAGGGUACAGCGGCAUUUUUUUUACCUUGUCGGCUUCGGAAUUCAAAUCAGUGACCUUUCGGUUACUGGCCCAACGCUCUAACCUUGAAGGCUACUGUACCUGCCACCCAAUAAUGCAGCUACCAGCUAAGUCCGUGCUAGUUGGAGGGGGAGUAGGGGGGUGCUGUGGGAUAAUUCAAGAUACAUUUUGAAGAGGUAUGUUUUCAUAUGUUUACAGAAGAUGGGCAGGGACAAACAGGGGCUCUGGUUUUAGUAUUUGUAGUUUCAAUGAAGGUACUUUGGUGUCCCAAAAUCUUUCUGAAUGAUGACGACGAUAACGAUGAUGAUGACGAUGAUGAUGACGAUGACGAUGACGAUGUUGAUGAUGAUGAUGAUGAUAUCUGAAGCUUUCUGCUGUUGUUGUGUCCUAUAGUUUCGCUGUGGGACAGACGAAUGCAUCCCCUUCUGGUGGAAGUGUGACACAGUGGAUGACUGUGGGGACGGGUCGGACGAGCCUCCAGACUGCCGUGAGUCACCAUUAACACACACACACACUUGACAAGGUCCAAGUAGGGGUUGUAAAAUGUUCUGUACACACCAAUUCACAAUUACACAAACAAUUCACAGCCCCCUAGUGGAGCAGGACACAAACUGCACAGUACAGUACAGAAAAUGUUACAACCCUUCUCCCUGGUCGUGUCCAUUAAGCGUGUGUCUACAAAGUCAGUGCAAUGUGUGUGUGUGUGUGUGUGUAUGUGUGUGUUUCUGUUCUUUCCUCACAGCUGAGUUUAAAUGCCAGCCAGGGAGGUUCCAGUGUGGGACUGGUCUCUGUGCUCUGCCUCCGUUUAUCUGUGAUGGGGAGAACGAUUGUGGGGACAACUCUGAUGAAGCCAACUGUGGUAAAGACCUUUUGUCCUAUUAUACACAUUUCUUCACAUUUCUGGUCAUUAUUGUAAAAGAGAAUGCAUUCUCAUUACUUACCUGCUUAAAUAAAGGAAAUAAAUGUGACAAUAUCCAUCCUAUUCUGAAUCCGCCCAAAUGUUUCCCACAACUAUCAAAAACGACGUUCUAGACUACCUCGGCUAAGACUAACACCUUUGUUCAUACUAUCUACAGAAUCCUACAUCUGUCUAUCUGGACAGUUCAAAUGCAGGAAGCGUCAGAAGUGCAUCCCACUGAACCUGCGUUGUAACGGACAGGACGACUGUGGAGAUGGAGAGGACGAGACAGACUGCCGUAAGAAUCAAAUAAUCUGUAGAUAGACGGUUCUCUAUAUCGAUGCGGUCUUAAAUAACAGGCUAAAACUAUGUGAUGAAAGUUUGACAGCUCUGAACUUUUUAUCUGGGGAUUUCACUUUCACUUGGCCAUGAAAAAUGAGCCUGUGCAAGACUUAGAUAAUAAAGUAUUGAAAAGGCUUUAGUUGUUGGCACUCUGGUCAUUUCUUUAGCGGGAGACAACCCUUUGAUGAAUGACAAAAGGAAAAGAAAGGAACAGUAGAGAGAUACUCAGCCCCCUGAACAGACAGACUCUGUGACUUCCUCUCUGAUCUUCAAGUCUUGGUCAGUCAUUCACCCUGUUAGCAAUUCUCUUUGGAUUAUAGAAAGUCCCCAUCCUUCUAUGUUCAUACUGCCAUACCUGGUUAAUUCUGCUCGUAGACACAUGGAAGGUCCAUGAUUAAUAAAAGCCAGAUGUUCUUGUUAUAAUACGGAAAGUAUGUGCGUUUCCUUUUAGUUGACCUAGUUUGACUUCACUGUGGAGUUUGAUUGGAGUUUCAUCCCCUGCUUGUUAUCCCUCUGUCUUGACAUUUUAAAGUUCUGAACUCAUGGGUGCUUUCUUCACUUGUCUGAAAUCUACAGCACCAGGUAAAGGUUAUGAGACAAUUCCUCAUGUGUGUGAGAGAGACAGAGAGAGAGACAGAGAGAGAGACAGAGAGAGACAGAGAGAGAGACAGAGAGAGAGAGAGCCUGAGGGUAUUCGUAAGUACUUGUAAUUACACCUGUCUGGUUGUCAUCAUGAAUCAAAGUGACAGCUCUAAGACACACUGGAGCAGGGUCUCAAGACACUCACACAUACACACCAUCCAUGAACGCCUUAUUAGAUCACAGUGGUGGGUUAACGACUCGUCUCAGAGCUCCAGCCCUAGAAGCAGUCUAAUCUCCCUCCCUGCCCCUCCCUGCACCCCUGUCUCUGGCUGCAGUCACAUCCAGCCCCAGCCUGGCACAGUGGUAGAGCUGUGUUGCCUUGAGGGCACUGGGAACAGAGUGGGAACAGAGAGGAAGACACUGGUAAUUGCACCAGCAGGGGGCUGAGCCAUGCUGGUAGGCUGGGGGAAGGUGGAGCUGGGUGGGGGAGGGAGGGAGGGAGUUAGGAUAUUUAAAGUACUAUAUAGGUAGAGAACUUUGACAAAAAUGUAGAUAGAACCUUAUAGUCCCAAGCUCUCAGUGUGUAUUUAUGGUAUUUUGUGUAUUGCGUUGUCAUCAACUCCUAGUCGAAUGUUAGUCCAUUAUAGCCUAUUGUGUUAAAUAGCCUACAGAAACAAAAUAACAAAAUGUGGGCCUAUCCCAUAUUUGAUAAAUAUGUUGAACAUGUUUUAGGAACAGUGAUUGCAUGGCUUCAAUAUGGAAAUAUAUUGUUAACAUAGCAUUUGCACUGCUAUAGGCCUAUUGUAAAAUGCAUUAGCCAUGGACAUGCCAAACGUUGUCAAUAAGCAAUAUUAAAUUCACUAAUUGAUAAGACCUAAAAAGAGAGUGAAUAAUUCUAAUCAAAUUCUCAUAAAACGAAACAACAACUUGUUUUAAAUAGGCUAUGUCUAAAUACAAUUACAGGCACCACAAUUGGUCCCCGUGGGCAUAUACUGUAAUAUUAGGCGACAACGUAGACUAUGGAGGGUUUUAUGCACAUCCAAACUUUUCACAGGAGCUGGAAAAAGAUCCAAUAUAAAGAGAAAGGGGGAAUGUCCUCUCACCGUUACUGCUCCCAAGUAUACUGUAUAUAGCUAUAGCCUACCAUCGCUGUUGAAAUGGCCAUAGUGACUUUGCCAAGUGAAAGGUAACAAAACAGGCAAAUAUAGCCUUAAAGCGGAUUCAGCACCACGGACAGCUAUCGAAAUUCCCGCGAUUUGACAGUUCCAACAGAGGAAAGUGGAAGAUGCAUUUUUUUGACAAAAUGAAUAACUUGAUGUUCAAUUAUUAAGAUUUGUUUUAUAACUUGAUGUUCCUAAACAGGCUUCCUAUAGUCAUUGACACCUUUCAUGCAAUGGGCAUGGCACAUAAUGAGUUGAAACGUUUCACAGAAGCUGGACAAAAAUAAUGUCCAAGAUAAAUAAAAAAGGGGAAUUUCUGUUGAGUGUUCAUGAUAUUUUGAUAAAUCAUUGGUGAUGUACUAAGGCUACUGUGUGCGCAUCCGCUGGCAAAAUCAAUGUCAUAACCAAUUGCGUUACGGCUAAAACCAGCUUUUGAUCGGUCUUAAAUAUCCCUAGUUGCACUCACUGAAAUUGGCAUAUUGGCGCACGUUCUUAAGGACACACCUCAAAUAUUUCCACCCCUCCCACCUCAGCGCAAACCAGCUGACAUUAGACAGGUAAACGGACAAACCUGGCGUUACCGCCAGUUUGUACAUGACGAAAUUAUGUAAACUAACGUGCGUUUGACACUUGCGCCUCCUUACCGCCAGCCGAAAAUAGAGCCCCGUGUGUGUUUUGCGUGUGCGCGCGUGUGAGCGACAGAGAGAGACAGAGAAGGGAUUCCAGCAGCUGAGUCUCACCCAGGGUGCAGAUUAGGGCAGACAGAAGGAGGUUUAGCCUGCUUCUGAGGGCUGAGGGGAUGCCUUUCUGAGACAGAGGGAGGUUUAACCAGGGCUAAUCAUGCUGGGAGGGCUGAGGGUUUAGAGAUGCAGCUGGAGCUCGAACCACCUCCAUCCCCCUCCUGCUGGGAAAGAGGAAGCUGUGCUGUGGAUGUCAGGGUACUGUGGCAUAAGGAGCAAGGGUGUGGAGGAAAAAUGAAUCUAAUUUACACCUCAUUUAACUUUCUCUAUUGCUCCACACCCUAGUUUUGUAGGCCACAUAGAAAAUGAUUUGUGUGAAUUUGAUGUAACUACAAUAAAUGUGUAUUGCUAUUGUUUUGGUCAUUUUUGAUCAUUUUGGUACCGUCAGUUGCAUUAGCCUACAAGUUUUGCCAAUUUUAUAUAGACUGGUUAACUGGUCAUUUUUUUAUAGCACAUGAUGACAUCUCUUUUCGUCUUUAUCCUUCAUACACCUGUUAAACUCUUUAUUUUCUAUAUCCUGUGCCAUCGGUCUCCAUCCCCAGCUGAGAGUACCUGCGCUGCCAACCAGUUCCAGUGUAAGACCUCCAUGCACUGUAUCUCAGCCCUGUGGGUGUGUGACGAGGACCCGGACUGUGCCGAUGGAUCGGACGAGGCCAACUGUGGUGAGUUCUACUAUUCUAUUUAUAUUCUAUUCUAUUGUACUACAGUGCCUUCAGAAAGUAUUCACACACCCCUUGACUUUUUCCAGAUUUUGUUGUAUUAUAGCCAGAAUUUUAAAUGGAUUACAUUUAGAUGUUGUGUCACUGGCCUACACACAAUACCCCAUAAUGUCAAAGUGGAAUUAUGUUUUUUGAAAUGUUUAUAAAUUAAUAAAAAAUGAAAAGCUGAAAUGUCUUCAGUCAAUAAGUAUUCAACCCCUUUGUCAUGGCAAGCCUAAAUAAGUUUAGGAGUAAAGAUUUGCUUAACAUAACACAUAAUAACUUGCAAUGGACUCUGUGUGCAAUAAGUGUUUAACAUUAUUUUUGAAUGACUACCUCAUCUCUGUACCCCACACAUACAAUUAUCUGUAAGCUUCUGCAAUCGAGUAGUGAAUUUCAAACACAGAUUCAACCACAAAGACCAGGGAGGUUUUCCAAUGCCUCGCAAAGAAGGGCACCUAUGGGCAAAAUGUUAAAAAAGCGGACAUUGAAUAUCCCUUUGAGCAUGGUGAAGUUAUUAAUUACACUUUGGAUGGUGUAUCAAUUCACACAGUCACUACAUAGAUAUAGGCGUGCUUCCUAACUCAGUUGCCGGAGAGGAAGGAAACGGCUCAGGGAUUUCACCGUGAGGCCAGUGGUGACUUUAAAACAGUUACAGAGUUUAAUGGCUGUGAUAGAAAAAAACUGAGGAUGGAUUAACAACAUUAAUCUAAACGACGGAGUGAAAAGACGGAAAAUAUUCCAAAACAUGCAUUCUGUUUGCAAUAAGGCAGUUAAGUAAAACCUCAUAAAAUAGAAUAGAACUUUAAAAUAGAAUAUAACUUUAUGUGCUGAAUACAAAGCAUUAUGUUUGGGGCAAAUCCAACACAACACAUCACUGAGUACCACUCUUUAUAUUUUCAAUCAUGGUGGUGACUGCAUCAUGUUAUGGAUAUGCUCAUCUGCAAGGACUACAGAGUUUGUUAGGAUAAAAAUAAACAGAAUAGAGCUAAGAGACAAGAGGAAUACCUAUGUAAGAAUGCUGUUCAUUGACUAUAACUCAUCAACACCAUAGUACCCUCCAAGCUCAUCAAUAAGCUCGAGGCCCUGGGUCUGAACGCCACCCUGUGCAACUGGGUCCUGGACUUCCUGACAAGCCACCCCCACGUGGUGAAGGUAGGAAACAACACCUCCACUUCGCUGAUCCUCAACAAUGGGGCCCCACAAGGGUGCGUGCUCAGCCCCCUCCUGUGCUCCAUGUUCACCCAUGACUGCGUGGCCAAGCACGCCUCCAACUCAAUCAUCAAGUUUGCAGACGACACAACAGUAGUAGGCUUGAUUACCAACAAUGACGAGACAGCCUACAGGGAGGAGGUGAGGGCUCUGGGGUGUGGUGCCAGGACAAUAACCUCUCACUCAAUGUUAACAAAACAAAGGAGAUGAUCGUGGACCUCAGGAAACAGCAGAGGGAACACCCCCCUAUCCACAUCAACGGGACCGCAGUGGAGAAGGUGGAAAGCUUCAAGUUCCUCGGCAUACACAUCACUGACAAACUGAAAUGGUCCACCUACACAGACAGUGUGGUGAAGAAGAACCUCAGGAGGCUGAAGAAAUUUGGCUUGGCACCUAAAACCCUCACAAACCUUUACAGAUGCACAAUUGAGAGCAUCCUGUUGGGCUGUAUCACUGCCUGGUACGGCAACUGCACCGUCCGCAACUCAGGGCUCUCCAGAGGGUGGUGCGGUCUGCCCAACGCAUCACCGGGGGCAAACUACCAGCCCUCCAGGACACCUACAGUACCCAAUGUCACAGGAAGGCCAAAAAGAUAGUCAAGGACAACAACUAUCCAAGCCACUGCCUGUUCACCCCGCUAUCAUCCAGAAGGCGAGGUCAGUACAGGUGCAUCAAAGCUGGGACAGAGAGACUGAAAAACAGCUUCUAUCUCAAGGCCAUCAGAAUGUUAAAUAGCCUUCACUAGCACAUUAGAGGCUGCUGCCAAUAUACAUAGAUUAGAAAUCACUGGCCACUUAAUUCCAUUGCUUUACUUAGAUUUGUGUGUAUUGGGUAUAUGUUGUGAAAUUGUUAGAUAUUACUUGUUAGAUAUUACUGCACUGUUGGAGCUAGAAACACAAGCAUUUCGCUACAGCCGCAAUAACAUCUGCUAAACACGUGUAUGUGACCAAUUAUACAGGAAAAGUCCUAGAGGAAAACCUGGUUCAGUCGACACUGGGAGACAAAUUCACCUUUCAGCAGGACCAUAACCGAAAACACAAGGCCAAAUAUACCCAGGAGUUGCUUACCAAGACAACAUCGAAUGUUUCUUAGUGGCCUAGUUACAGUUUUGACUUACAAUGGCUUGAAAAAGUAUGGCAAGACAUCAAAAAAUGGCUGUCUAGCAAUGAUCAACAACCAACUUGAGAGAGCUUGAAGAUUUUUUUUAUGUGCAAAUAUUGUACAAUCCAUGUGUGCAAUGCUCUUAGAGACUUACCCAGAAAGACUCACAGCUGUAAUCACUGCCAAAGGCGACUCUAACAAAAUGUAACACAACAAAAUGUGGAAUAAGUCAAGGGGUAUGAAUACUUUCUGAAGGCAAUGUAUGUUAUAUUAUAUUCUGGUCUACGCUCUUAGAAAAAAGGGUUCCAAAAGGUUUCUUUGGUUGUCCCCAUAGGAGAACCCUUUUUGGUUCCAGGUAGAACCCUGUUGGGUUCCAUGUAGAAUCCCCAAAAGGGUUCUACCUGGAACCAAAAGGGUUUCUUCAAAGGGUUCUCCUAUGGGGACAGCUGAAGAACCCUAUUAGGUUCUAGAUAGCAACUUUUUUUCUAAGAGUGUAGUCCAGUCCAGUCUAGUCUAUUGUAGCAAUUUUGCUUUCAAUGGAGUGGCCUACUCUAAAGGGACCUUUGUAUCUCGACUUUGUGUCUCGUUGUACUACAGUGUAUAUACAAGCUUUGAGCAGCUAAACGCAAAUGUGUCGACUUAAAUUGAAUGUGAUAGAUAACAUUAGGAAUACCUGGGAUAGGAUAAAGUAAUCCUUCUACCCCCCCUUACCCCACCCCCCCAAAAAAAUUAUAAUAAUAAUAAUAACUAUUGUAAAGUGGUUGUCCCACUGGCUAUCAUAAGGUGAAUGCACCAAUUUGUAAGUCGCUCUGGAUAAGAGCGUCUGCUAAAUGACGAAAAUGUAAAUGAAAAUGUUAUGCAGACAUCAAUUGACAGUUUUGAAUGGUGACCACCUCAUUAAUGCUGACUAGUGUUUGAUAUGCUCAUAAAGCACUUGUUAAUAUGGCCAGCUCCAGAGAUUAGCUGGAGGAGGUUAAGGCCUUCUACUGGCUCUUCCUCUCAUCAAAUGGACUGCUAGGGCUUGACCUUGGCAUUUCCACUGCUGCCUGUGCAUUUAAUGGUGACAUUUAGGGGGAUCGAAGGGAUGACAGUAAGGUCUCUCUAUGAUUUGAGUCAUUCUCAGUCUGGUUUUCAGUCAGUGCUCCAUUUUUUUUAUUUUCUCUGUGGGUCAUAUUUAAAGGUUUCUUCUCUUCCAAUGACAGCCUGACAGAUAUUAAGCAUGAGAGGAGACAUGCACACUUACAGAACAUAUUGUAUACACCCACUGGCUUUGACUUAACUUCAUCGACGACAAGCAACGACAUAAGAGUUCUGGAAUUCCCAGCAAAUUAGUUUUCUUUCUUAAUUCUAGAAUGUGAAUAUAAAUCUUUCAGGCAUGGGGAUGAAUGUAUUUAGUACUCAACUACCGCAGUAUUCUCAGGUCAAAUUUGAAUUCUGUUAAUGUCAUACUAAGUCUGGGGAAUUAGCUCUCGUACAUGGUGCUGUUUGAUUGUCAAUUAAUAAUGCAUUAUGUAUUUAUCUAUUCUCCCGAUAGGAUUAGUCCAACAGGGAGAUGAGAGGAAUUCACAUUGCUGAUUUUACAGUGUUGGGACACUAUGUAGAGACAAGAUUACUAAGUUGUUAUUUUAGAAAGAGGACAGGAAAGUUACUGUUCUUCUAGUCUUUCAUCUUGACAGUAGCUGGCGUUUAUAUACAGUAUGGAAAGUAAUGUCUUACUCUUGAUUAUUUAUCGUCUUGUUAUCUUCCAUAGAGAAAAGGGAGUGACGAUCACGAUCACACACACCUGGCAACAUGACAAUAUGCAAAACGUCAACAUGGAUACCGUUCCAGACACUUGUUUUACGUCUUUAUGGACUGUCUUGUUGUUUCUGUGCCUAGAUGAGAAGACAUGCGGCCCUCAUGAGUUCCGGUGCCAGAACAACAACUGUGUCCCGGAACACUGGAGGUGUGAUGGACAGAGUGACUGUGGAGACAACUCAGAUGAACAGAACUGCAGUAAGUCCCUCAUCUUCUGUCUCUUAUUUACACUGGAAGGAAUGAACUUGGAAUGAACUUUUGUAUAAUACUAUAUAACUUGCAUACUCCCUGACACUAUAACUAGAGCACUGUGUUUUGCGCAAUCAUGUGACGUAGCAAAAUGUUAUCCUGUAUUUGAAGCCUUCUCCAGAAAUGACAAUUACACCAAAAAUGAAAGCGAUUGUCUGAGUAUGAUGCUGGAUCAUCUGACAUAAAAAGAAAAGGGGAACGUUCAAUGAAAACGCUUUAAAGGUAAAAAUCCAGGUCAUGUGACAUGAUUGCGCAAAACACAGCAACCUAAUAUAACUACCAACAAAUACUUCUGCUUGGUAUGAUGAGGAAUGUCCUGGGGAAACUCACUGUCAUGCAUCUAAAAUCACUGUCAUUCCUUAUUCUCUUAUACCUCUCAGAGCCGGCCACCUGCCCCUCCAGGGACUUUGUGUGUGCCAACGGGGAGUGCAUCUCUGCUCGUUUCCAUUGUGAUGGUGACAGUGACUGUGCUGAUAACUCUGAUGAAAAAGGCUGUGAGACACGCUCGUGCCCUGCCGACCAGUUCCAGUGUCUCAAUCACCUCUGCAUCUCCAACAAGUGGCUCUGUGACGGCCAGGAGGACUGUAAGAUGGGGGAAGACGAGAGGAACUGUCAAGGACCUGGUAUGAGCACACAGACACACACACACACACACCUGAUUACUUACUGUAUAGCUGUUGGAUAGCUGUUGGAUAUCUGCUGUUUCUGGCUGUGGCUGUAGGUGGGGACUUGCUUUCACUGUCUUACUCAAAGCCUACAACCAUGUUAAUACUGCCCUCCGUUGGAAAGCAUGCUUGUGUUGGUCACUCACCUUGUGAUUGGGGGACUGUGUGUUUGUUUGUGUUCGUUUGUGUUCAGGAACGGUCGCUUUUUUAUAGCCUACUGUCUUGCAUUGACAGCUAGAAAAUAACCUUUAAUACCUUCAGAAACAAACAGACGUAUUCCCACACGUGGACCAAUUCUCAGUUGACAGCAAUUACAGAUUUCACUCCACUGUAGUAUAUCCUGACAUUCACAUUUAUUCUAAGAUUCGGAAUCCCUUUGUGCUUCAUUGCAUGAAUUGAAUGUAUGCCAAACUUUAAGUCUUGUGGAGAAAUAAAUGCAAGGCCAGAGUAGCUUCAAGGCACUUCAAAUCUCAAGCAGAUGGUUCGAUAUCAGCAAGCUGGCCUUCUUUCCUGUCUGCUAACUAGAGGUGUGAAAUUAAAAUGAGCUGUAUGUCUCUCUCACCGAGAUAUCUCUGUCUCUCUCUCUCUCUCUCUCUCUCUCUCUCUCUCUCUCUCUGUCUCUGUCUCUGUCUCUCUCUGUCUCUCUCUCUGUCUCUCUCUCUGUCUGUCUCUCUCUCUCUCUCUGUCUCUCUCUCUCUGUCUCUGUCUCUGUCUCUGUCUCUGUCUCUGUCUCUGUCUCUGUCUCUGUCUCUGUCUCUGUCUCUGUCUCUCUGUCUCUGUCUCUCUCUCUCUCUCUGUCUCUCUAUCUCUGUCUCUGUCUCUGUCUCUGUCUCUCUCUCUCUGUCUCUGUCUCUGUCUCUGUCUCUGUCUCUGUCUCUCUCUCUCUCUCUCUCUCUCUGUCUCUGUCUCUGUCUCUGUCUCUGUCUCUGUCUCUGUCUCUCUCUCUCUCUCUCUCUCUCUCUCUCUCUCUCUCUCUCUCUCUCUCUAUCUCUAUCUCUCUCUCUCUCUAUCUAUCUAUUGAAUUGAAUUGAAUAGAACAUUUGCUUUAUUGGCAUGACGUAACAAUGUACAUAUUGCCAAAGCUUACUUUGGAUAUUUACAAUAUUAACAUAAUUAAAAUAAUCAUGAUCAAUAUUGUCAACGGGACAACAGUAACAACAAUAACCAAGGGUCAAAAUAACCAUUGAACAAUAACAAUAUAGAGGACCCUCUCUCUCUCUCUUUCUCCCUCUUUCGCUCUCUCGCUCUCUUUCUCUCUCGUAAUAAAUUGUUUUUAAUAUUUUAGCUGAGUACUUUCUUUAUAUAUUUAUAUGGAGAGUACCUGUGGACAGCUGUGGCUGCACUUGCACUGUAAAUUCCUCCAAUUGGAAGGGCCACACCGUGACAUGCAUGAAAAAGCUUUUCCCUCUCUCUCCCAGUGAGUCCAGAUGGGAGUGAGAGUGAAUUUCUCUGAUGGGACCAAAGUGCUCCAAAACACACUAGGAAUAGCACUCAGGAUGGGCUCUCUGAAGCAACUCUGUCUCUGUAUCUGCAGCCUUUGUGUUGCACUUGUACUGUAUACCAGGUGGUGUCUUGACCAGUUGAGAUGUAUUUUCAGCACUGGUUUAAUGGGGAUUGUCUCUGUCAUCAGCUUCUUUUGUCUAGAGUGGUCCUGUGUGGCUCAGUUGGUAAGAGCGUGGAGCUAGCAACAUCAAGGUUGUGGGUUCAAUAACUACACAUAAUACAAAUGUAUGCACUCACUGUACUAUAAGUCAUUUUGAACAAAAGUGCUAUAUUUUCUGUUUCAGCGGUCCUUCCGUCCUGUGCCCUGAGUGAGUAUGAGUGUGUCGGGGGAGGCUGUGUGUCGGCCACCCUGAGGUGUGACGGCCAGAGAGACUGCUCAGAUGGUUCUGAUGAGGUGAGUGCUCUCUGAUAAAGCCCUGAUUGCCAUCCCUGAUUGUAGUCGCUGAGCCUCAUCGUCUGUGCGAUAAUGCAGGAUACCUUUCAUGUCUGUUUGCCUUUAUGUAUGACAUUUGUUCAUAAGGUCAUCGACAUCAGAAAAUUGGAACAUGUGUCAUUAUUAACCUGCCCCAUAUUUUCAUGGAAAAUCCCCCUGAAAUGUUGUUGUAUGAUUGCCAGCACUACUCAUCUGUGUGUAAAAUAGUCCCCUGUAGCUCAGUUGGUAGAGCAUGGCGCUUGCAAUGCCAGGGUUGUGGGUUCGUUUCCCACGGGGGGCCAGUAUGAAAAUGUAUGCACUCACUAACUGUAAGUCGCUCUGGAUAAGAGCGUCUGCUAAAUGACUCAAAUGUAAAUGUAAAGACUGCUUUUGGCAAUCAACGUCCUCAUCUCUCAAAUACCUGAAUACAAGCAGUUUGGUCAUGUUUGCCUGUUUCCUCCAAACAGGAUCCCGUAGGACCUAAGUGUAAUUAAAACCAUGCUCUUAGUUCAGAGUCAGUAGUUCACCUCCAUGCAGUGGCAGCCUACCUCUCUUUUAAUAAGGUCUUUCUCCACAGCCCCCUGGAGAGAACAACGUGCAUCCUAGCCUCAUGCAUUAUAUAUUAAAGUAAUUACACCAAGGCCAAGUAUUUAGUGUCAGGGGACAUGUUGCUUAAUUCAACCUAUAACUCACAGUUUAUAAGACAUCAUUCAUGUUUUGAAAAAAUAAAAGACACAUUUGAUCUGAAAAUGGACAACAUCUUCUUCUUCUUUUUCUUACUUUCUUUCUUUUUCUUUUUUCUUCUUGGUUUCGGAGGGAGGGCGGAGGAGGAGGCGGAGGCGGGCUGGAGGAGGAGGAGGAGGCGGAGGAGGAGGAUGAUUGAGGGGCGGAGGAGGACGGAGGAGAGGUAGGAUCGUCUUCUGUCGGCUUAUUCGUCUUCGGAUGGAUGGAUUCGUUUCUGAUCUGGGUGUCUCUUCGUAUGUCGUCUGUCUUCUUUGUCUUAUCUUUUCUCGUCUUUCUUUCUUCUUCUCUUCUUCUUCUUCUUCUUUCUUUCUUUCGCCUUAUUGAGACCUAGCAGUGGAAUGGUUUGGUGGCGGACAGGGGUGUUUGUUGUUUUUCUGACAGCCCUUAUGAGACUUGCGUGUGUGUGUUGUGCCGACAGGUAGACUGUGUGAGGGAGUGCAGGGAGGAUGAGUUCCUGUGCCUGAACAGAGCUCACUGCAUCCCCAGCCGCUGGCACUGUGAUGCCCUGCCUGACUGUGUGGAUCACAGUGAUGAGCAUAACUGUGUCCAGGGUGAGCCUAGAACACACACUCGUUCAUACACACACACCACACACACAAUGUUCUUUACAGCAUGUGUGAUGUAUUAUUCACUCAGUCAGUGUUAUGUUAAAAGUGUGUGUCCAUUGCCGUCUCCUUUCAGUCAGAGUGCUCUCUGUAAUGGUGAGGAGAGGUUGAUGGGUGCACUGGUGGAAAAAGUACCCAAUUGUCAUGCUUGAAUAAAAGUAAAAAUACCUUAAUAGGAAAUGACUCAAGUGAAAGUCACCCAGUAAAAUACUGCUUGAGUAAAAGUAUUUGGUUUUAAAUAUACUUAAGUGUCAAAACUAAAUAUAAUUGCUAACAUAUACUUAAGUAUCAAAAGUAAAAAUAUAAAUCAUUUAAAAUUCUUUAUUUUAAGCAAACCAGACGGCUUUUUAAAAAUGUGUUUACGGCUAACCAGGGGCACACUCCAACACUCCAACAUAAUUUACAAACAACACAUUUGUGUUUAGUGAGUCCGCCAGAUCAGAGACAGUAGGUAUGACCAGGGAUGUUCUCUUGAUAAGUGCAUGAGUUUUCCAUUUUCGUGUCCUGCUAAGCAUUCUAAAUGAGUACUUUUGGGUGUCAGGGAAAAUGUAUGGAGUAAAAAGUACAUUAUUUUCUUUAAGAAUGCAGUAAAGUAAAAGUUACUAAAUAUAAAUAGUAAAGUAAAGUACAGAUACCCCAAAAAAACUACUUAAGGAGUACUUUAAAUAAUUUUUACUUAAGUACUUUACACCACUGGAUGGGUGAGGCAAGUGGAAAGUGGGUUGCAGUAUUAAUCAAUAUAGAGAGAAACAGCUGUACCCUCAUCUUCUCAGAAAAGCAGUCAAGCUCAAACUAUUGCAGAGGUGUGGACUCGAUUCACAUGACUCGGACUCGAGUCUGACUCUAAUCAAAAAUGUCAUGACUUGAGACUCGACUUCGACUUGGAGCCUCAAGACUCGGGACUCGACUUUGACUAGAGACUGAUGACUUGAAGUGAUCUGGACAGGUUUGUAAGUCAUUUUGAGGCACAGUCUCAGUGGAUUACUUUCCACGCAGCCAGAGACAGUAGCCGCAGCAUCGCACUUGCAAAGAAAACGUGCAACAGAUUGGCUAGUGAAACACACACUCUGCCCACUGAUUGGACCAGCAAACGGUCAAUCAACACAGGUUGGGUGAGCUAUUGAACAGAUUGCUGAUUUGCUGUACAGCAAUAGGAUCGGGUGCAGGUCAAAUGUCAAAUUGUAGGGAGAGAGGACUGCCAUAGAUAAAUAUGAAGCUCAAAAUAUUGUUUGAUGAUCAAGAAUAUUUUACUGUUUACUUUGCAAGCUCACCAGCAAUGGGGCAUCAAGCAACAAUUACUAGCAUAUGCCUACUGGUCUUUUGGUAUGUCAAAAUUGCUUGAAAUUGAUCAUGUACUUAUACAUUUUGCAUUUGGAAUUUGUUGUUAAAAUUAAUUGUUAUAUAAUCAAAAUGUGUUGUAGACAAAAUAAUGAAAAGGGCUGUCUGAAAGCCUCAAUAAAUAGACAAAGAUUUGUAGUUAAACAAGUCGUUGUAUUUUUUGUGUUAUUGACUUGACCAGUUCUACUUGAGACUUGAGACUUGAGACUUGAGACUUGAGACUUGAGACUUGAGACUUGAGACUUGAGACUUGAGACUUGAGACUUGAGACUUGAGACUUGAGACUUGAGACUUGGGACCUUGAGACUUGAGACUUGCUUGUGACUCAGAUAAUAGUGACUUGGUCCCACCUCUGACCUAUUGAGUAUUACUCUCCUGGCGACCUGGGAAAAAUCUUAUUUUGGCGAAAAAACAUAUUUAGGUGACAAAUAAUAUUUAGGUGACAAAUAAUAUUUUGGUAACAAAUCGUAUUUUUCUCAAAAAACUUAUUUUGGGUGAAAAACCUUAUUUAUUGUGAAAAAUCGUAUUUUUUGUGAAAAAUCAUAUUUUGGUGAAAGAUCAAAUUUUGGUGAAAAAACAUAUUUUGUUUCCUACUAUAUUGUUUCUCUUGCAGCAGCCCACUCUUGCCGUGCGGAUGAGUUUGUCUGUACCAACACACUGUGUAAGCUUUACAUCUGGGUGUGUGAUGGAGAGGAUGACUGUGGAGAUAACUCUGAUGAAGACUCUGACAUGUGUGCUAAACUACCGUGUCCACCGAGCAGACCCUACCGCUGUAGGAACGACAGGGUGUGUCUGCGCUCGGAGCAGGUGUGCAACAGAGUCGACGACUGUGGGGACAACUCCGAUGAAGACGAUUGUGGUGAGUCCAAUCAUGUCUGUUAACCUUUGAACUCAAUCAUUCAGAUGAUCACAAAUAACCCAGAAUCACAGAGCUCCUCUGUUUUUUCUACAUGUUUUAUUUCACCUUUAUUUUAGGGAAUCCCAUUGAGACCAACAUCUCUUUACAAGGGAGUCCUGUACAUACACAAUUUACAAAUACAACAUCAUACAAAUAUACAACAUUACAAAUCAUACUCAAGAGAAACAAUCCCAUUCCUUAGCAAAGAGGUCCCCAAUCAACCAUUUGAACUGCUCGAGAGGCACCAUUACGUCUAGUUAUAUAGCUGGCUAACAGCUAUUGUGUGCGUGCACACAUACAUACACUACAUACACAUCAUUGUUGGUGUAAAAAGUAAAAGCUAGAGAUAGCAGUAGCCAAGCUAUGGUGUAUAAACAUGCCUGUUCUAUCUUUGGCCCCAUGGCUGUUACAUUCUCCUUAUCCCCCUGGCUUGUCCUGUAACCUGGAUCAGAAGACAUGAUGCGGAUCCCUAGGCCCUGUGGGAAGGCGGAGUUCGCCUGCAGUAACCAUCGCUGCAUCCCGCAGGAGCUGCAGUGUGACCUGUUCGAUGACUGUGGAGACGGGGGCUCGGAUGAACAGGAAUGUAAAGGUGGUAGGUGGCUUCUAAAGUCUCUCGCUCUCUCUCUUCGAUGUUGAUCUUUGUCUCGCUAUCGCUCUCUUUCAAAAUAUCCCUCCCUCGAUAUCGAUCUCAAUCUCUCUAUCUGUCUCGCUCUCGUUCUCUCUCGCUCUCUCGCUCCCCCUCUGUCUCUGUCUCUGUAUCUAUCUCUGUAUCUAUCAAUCUCUCUCUCUCUCUCUCUCUCUCUCUCUCUCUCUCUCUCUCUCUCUCUCUCUCUCUCUCUCUCUCUCUCUCUCUCUCUCUCUCUCUCUCUCUCUCUCUAUGUCUAUCUGUCUUUCUCUGCACAUUUCAGUUCAGAUUCAGUUCGUCUCAGUACUCCCAAGAAAUAUUGUAUAAGGAAGGAAGGAUAAGUCCCACAUAAUAUAAUGCUCUCUCCUGGAUGGAACAUGCUGAAAUAAAAACAGAACUGAAAUAAAACAUAAAAUAAUGUAUACUAGUCCCCGAUUCUGGGAACUGUCAGCUUUAACAACAUCUGUGCACUCAGGGCAUGUUUAUUCCCAGCAUGUAAAGUACUCUAUUUACAAAAGCUGAAUGAGAGAGAAAAGUGGUGUACUGACUGUGCUAAUGGAUGGUCUUUAUUAUUCAAAUCACCAUGUUACAUUUUCAGUUUAUGAAUCAAUGCACAUUCUUAGAAAAAAAAGUAUGAAAAGGUUAUUCGGCUGUCCCUAUAGGAGAACCCUUUGAAGAACCCUUUUGGGUUCCUUGUAGAAACCAAAAAGGUUUCUACCUGGAACCAAUAAGGGUUCUCCUAUGGGGACAGCCGAAGAACCCUUUUGGAACACUUUUUUCUAAGAGUGCACAAACAGCAUCCGACUUACACCAUAUAAGAUGUGUUAUUGUGAUGUCCAUGUUUUAUACAGUGGUUUCCAAGGAAGGAGUAUGUGGAGAGAGAGUGGGUCUAUGUGGAGAUGACGCCGUCUGCAAUAAUACAGGAACAGAUUCACUCUGUCAGUGCAAGGCUGGCUUUCAGAGGAGCCAGACAACAAGGCAAUGUGAAGGUACAGUACAGUGAUGAUGUCACCUUUUCUUUGUCUCAGGGUUUUCUUUUGCAUUCACUUGCUGCUAAGAGUUUGAAAUGUUAAGUUGUCAUUAAAAUAGAAGACCACACUUUACAGGACAUGCACCAUCGUGUCAAGUCUGUCCUUAUCACUGCAGAAAAGCUCUGGUAGCUCCUGACAACUGGACAAUGGCAAUGUGUAGCGUAUCUACUAUGCCUUGUCUUUCUUUUUGAUAAAUGUGUUGGGCUAGUUUUAGAUAUGAACUGUCAAAGAUAGAAUUUGUACUACUCCUAAGAGGUUAUCUCAUAGGACAGAGCACAGACAGAAUUGUGAUGAAACCUAUUUUAAUAAUGUAUGGCUUUAUGGGAAUUAUAACCUGCUUUCUUUAUCUAUUUCUCAGAGAUCAAUGAAUGUCUUCAGUUUGGCAUGUGCUCGCACUACUGCACCAAUACUAAAGGAUCCUUCAAGUGCACAUGUGACCGUAACUUUAAAGAAAUCGAUGGUGAAUGUAUAACCAAAGGUAAGAGCUUACCAUUACUAUUUUGAUUGCAUAUACAGUACAUAAUCAAAUGCAUGACAAUUUGAGAUUCACACAUCACAUCAAAAUUAUACUUAAUUAUGCUUGAUCAAUUAUGCAUCACAAUUAUUCUGAUUGCUGCGAUCUGUUUUGAUUAUAAUAUGCUAAUUGUGUAGAAGCUACUUUGAAUAUGCUUAUUGUAAUCUGGAAUGUACACUCUUUAUAUUUAUGCUAUUUCCUUUGUGUUUUUUCUUCUAUCUUAAUGAACUCAAUGGGCAGGACCAGAAGAUCAAGUGCUCUACGUUGCUAAUGACACUGAAAUCCGAAGUUUUGUCUAUCCGUUUAAGCAGAGCCACGGACAGAAACUGCAUGCUCGCAUCGAGGACAAUACUAAAAUCAUUGGGAUGGACGCUCUCUUUCACCGACACAAGUUUGUCUGGGCCACACAGUUUAACCCUGGUGGAAUGUUUUACAAAGACAUCGUAGACAGAAGUCUCACUAAGUCAAAUAGCGGAAUCAUAGUAAGUAAAGGUUUUGAGUGGGCUAGAGGUAGAGGGUUAUGACUUAUUAUAAACUAGGUGGUUCAAGCCCUGAAUGCUGAUUGUCUGAAAGCCGUGGUAUAUUAGACCGUAUACACUCUAAAUAUGCUCCCAACAAUUCAAAUAGCGGAAUCAUAGUAAGUAAAGGUUUUGAGUGGGCUAGAGGUGGACGGUUAUUACUUAAUGUAAUCAAUGUUAUUACUGUAUCUGAAUGUUGUGUAUUUUAUCUGUUAAAUCACGCUCUAAAUGUGCUCCCAACAAUUGGCUGUACCCAUUAAAUUGUUGGGAGCAUAAUUUAGUGUGCGACUUUCUUUAUUUUUUAUACAGUUUACCCUCAAUCAGCACCUCUAUAAACAUUUUUGGGUUGCAUUAACAUAUUAAUCUGUUACAUAGUAUGAGUGUUGGGAUUAGUUACUUGAAAAGGUAAUAUAUUACAAUGUUACUUUGUGUGGAAAGUAAUGCAUUAUAUUACUCGUUAUAGUACUUUGUGUUACUUUCAUGAAAACAAUCUCCAAAUCUCGCAGUUGGUUUGACAGUCGGAGGGAGCAAGGCCAGCCGUUUACGUUCUACCAAAGAUAGGCUACUAAUUUCUCCUUUCAUCUAUGGCGCUGCUUAACUUUUCUUUGUUUUUCUUGCAUGUCCUAGACAAUUACAUACUAAUAUGUACAUACCAAUAUGUACAGUGGGAAAACAAACAAAAAAUAUGUAGAAACCCCAAAACAAAAACAUACAAAUGAAAAAGGACAAAACAAAACAGAUUAAAGACAAAUAUGUUUCAGUAUUUCCAAAUUCAAUGAGUCUAUUCAAAUGUUAUUCUCAAAGGCUACCAACCCAGAGCCACAUAGGAAAACAGAUUGUUUAAAAAGACAGAGAAGGACAAUGCUAUCUCCCAUCCGCAAGACCAAACAUUGUUGUUAAAUUAGCUAUUGCAAGUGAGAGAUAGCAUGUGACCAAUUGACCAGAAUUUCGGCCUUGGCUCCACACAGUCUGGCAGUGGAUCUUUCCAGCUGUGCAAUGUCCAAGUACAUAAGCAACCAAAAUCUGCAAAGGGCAAUACCCAGUUCAAACCAAUUCCUUAGAAUAGUUUUUUUGCCUGCUGUUAUUGCAGCCAUAACAAUCCGCUCAGUUGGUAGAGCAUGGCGCUUGCAAUGCCAGGGUUGUGGGUUCGUUUCCCACGGAGGGCCAGUAUGAAAAUGUAUGCACUCACUAACUGUAAGUCGCUCUGGAUAAGAGCGUCUGCUAAAUGACUAAAAUGUCAAAUGUAAAUAGAUACACUAUAUAUACAAAGGUAUGUGGACACCCUUUGAGAUUUGUGGAUUUGGCAAUUUCAGCCGCACCCAUUGCUGACAGGUGUAUAAAAGCGAGCGCACAGCCAUGCAAUCUCCAUACACAAACAUUGGCAAUAGAAUAGCCUUAAUGAAGAGCUCAGUGACUUUCAACAUGGCACCAUCAUAGGAUGCCACCUUUCCAACAAGUCAGUUCGUCAAAUUUCUGACCUGCUAGAGCUGCCACGGUCAACUGUAAGUGCUGUUAUUGUGAAGUGGAAACAUCUAGGAGUAACAAUGGCUCAGCCGCAAAGUGUUAGGCCACACAAGCUCUCAGAACGGGACCGCCGAGUGCUGAAGCGCGUAGCGCGUAAAAAUCGUCUGUCCUCGGUUGCAACACUCACUACCGAGUUCCAAAAUGCCUCUGGCUGAAUGGAAGCAAGUCCCCGCAGCAAUGUUCUAGUGGAAAGCCUUCCCAGAGGCUGUUAUAGCAGCAAAGGGGGGACCAAUUCCAUAUUAAUGCCCAUGAUUUUGGAAUAAGAUGUUCAAUGAGCAGGUGUCCACAUACUUUUCGUAAUGUAGUGUAUAUCUAUGUCCUUAAAGAGUGAACUUGGGGGAGGAAGAGGAAGCAUUGAAAACAGGAAAUUAAUACGGGGGAGUACAUUCAUUUUAAUAACCGAAACUCUCCCAUAAAGAGUAACAUGAAGUGGAGACCAUCUACUUUAUUUUUUCCAAUGUUGCACUGAAAUUCUCAUUAACAAUUAGUUCCAAAUUGGAUCGAAAUAAUCUCUUAUUUUCUAAAGUGAUAGGUAAAGAGGGUAAUGUGAUUUGUUUGGCUGUGGCGUUUAGAGGCAUUAAGAUAUUUUAUAGCCAGAGAAGGAGCCCAAUUCUUUAGAGGUCAAGUACGUGUGAUAGAGAAUUAGAGACGUCGGACAAAUAGAGUAAGAUGUCAUCAGCAUACAGAGAGAUAUGGUGGACUGUUUCUUUGAUCUUAAUAGGUGAAAUGUAAAUGUUUUGCAUAAUGGGCUAGCGGUGCUAAUUAAAGUGCAAAUAGGCCGGGACUCAGAGGACAACCCUGUCAUGUGGAUCUUUGUAGGACAAUCUCGGGGGCGGCGGAAUGGCCAGUCUGGACAUGGGCAGUGGGGCCUGGACAGUGGGGAGAACAAGUAUUUGAUACACUGACGAUUUUGCAGGUUUUCCUACUUACAAAGCAUGUAGAGGUCUGUAAUUUUUAUCAUAGGUACACUUCAAUUGUGAGAGACGGAAUCUAAAACAAAAAUCCAGAAAAUGACAUUGUAUGAUUUCCUAGUAAUUCAUUUAAAUUUUAUUGCAUGACAUAAAUAUUUGAUCACCUACCAACCAGUAAGAAUUCCGGCUCUCACAGACCUGUUAGUUUUUCUUUAAGAAGCCCUCCUGUUCUCCACUCAUUACCUGUAUUAACUGCACCUGUUUGAACUCGUUACCUGUAUAAAAGACAUCUGUCCACACACUCAAUCAAACAGACUCCAACCUCUCCACAAUGGCCAAGACCAGAGAGCUGUGUAAGGACAUCAGGGAUGAAAUUGUAGACCUGCACAAGGCUGGGAUGGGCUACAGGACAAUAGGCAAGCAGCUUGGUGAAAAGGCAACAACUGUUGGCGCAAUUAUUAGAAAAUGGAAGUUCAAGAUGAUGGUCAAUCACCCUCGGUCUGGGGCUCCAUGCAAGAUCUCACCCCGUGGGGCAUCAAUGAUCAUGAGGAAGGUGAGGGAUCAUCCCAUAACUACACGGCAGGACCUGGUCAAUGACCUGAAGAGAGCUGGGACCACAGUCUCAAAGAAAACCAUUAGUAACACACUACGCCGUCAUGGAUUAAAAUCCUGCAGCGCACGCAAGGUCCCCCUGCUCAAGCCAGCGCAUGUCCAGGCCCGUCUGAAGUUUGCCAAUGACCAUCUGGAUGAUCCAGAGGAGGAAUGGGAGAAGGUCAUGUGGUCUGAUGAGACAAAAAUAGAGCUUUUUGGUCUAAACUCCACUUGCCGUGUUUGGAGGAAGAAGAAGGAUGAGUACAACCCCAAGAACACCAUCCCAACCGUGAAGCAUGGAGGUGGAAACAUAAUUCUUUGGGGAUGCUUUUCUGCAAAGGGGACAGGACGACUGCACCGUAUUGAGGGGAGGAUGGAUGGGGCCAUGUAUCAUGAGAUCUUGGCCAACAACCUCCUUCCCUCAGUAAGUGCAUUGAAGAUGGGUCAUGGCUGGGUCUUCCAGCAUGACAACGACCCAAAACACACAGCCAGGGCAACUAAGGAGUGGCUCCGUAAGAAGCAUCUCAAGGUCCUGGAGUGGCCUAGCCAGUCUCCAGACCUGAACCCAAUAGAAAAUCUUUGGAGGGAGCUGAAAGUCCGUAUUGCCCAGCGACAGCCCCGAAACCUGAAGGCUCUGGAGAAGGUCUGUAUGGAGGAGUGGGCCAAAAUCCCUGCUGCAGUGUGUGCAAACCUGGUCAAGACCUACAGGAAACGUAUGAUCUCUGUAAUUGCAAACACAGGUUUCUGUACCAAAUAUUAAGUUCUGCUUUUCUGAUGUAUCAAAUACUUAUGUCAUGCAAUAAAAUGCAAAUUAAUUACUUAAAAAUCAUACAAUGUGAUUUUCUGGAUUUUUGUUUUAGAUUCCGUCUCUCACAGUUUAAGUUUACCUAUGAUAAAAAUUACAGACCUCUACAUGCUUUGUAAGUAGGAAAACCUGCAGUGUAUCAAAUACUUGUUCUCCCCACUGUAUAUAGGGUGCGGACCAUACUAUACUGAACAAAAAUAUAAAUGCAACAUGCAACAAUUUCAACGAUUUUAGUGAGUUACAGUUCAUAUAAGAAAUUAAUCAAGUGAAAUAAACUCAUUAGGCCCUAAUCUAUGGAUUUCACAUGACUGAGCAGGGGCGCAGCCAUGGGUGGGGCUGGGAGGGCAUAUGCCCACCCACUGGGGAGCCAGGCCUACCCACUGGGGAGCCAGACCCAGCCAAUCAGAAUUAGUUUUCCCCACAAAAGUGCUUUAUUACAGACAGAAAUACUCCUCAGCAACCCCCCCGCCAAAUUCUGUAAAAUGCGGCUUAUGGUAGAGAAAUUAACAUUCAAUUCUAUGGCAACAGCUCUGGUGGACACUCCUGAAGUCAGCAUGCCAAUUGCACGCUCCCUCAAAACUUGAGACAUCUGUGGUGUUGUGUGACAAAACUGCACAUUUUAGAGUGGCCUUUCAUUGUCCCCAGCACAAGGUGCACCUGUGUAAUGAUCAUGCUGUUUUAAUCAGCUUCUUGAUAUGUCACACGUGUCAGGUGAAUGGAGUAUCUUGGCAAAGGAGAAAUGCUCACUAACAGGGAUCUAAACAGAUUUGUGCACAAAAUUUGAGAGAAAUAACAUUUUUCCGCAUCUGGAAAAUUUCUGGGAUCUUUUAUUUCAGCUCAUGAAACAUGGGACCAACACUUUACAUGUUGCGUUUGUAUUUUUGUUCAGUAUACUGUUCAGUAUACAAGUUCAAAAACAGUCCAUUCAACACGAUCAAACCACCUUCUCUGCAUCUAAUGAGAGGACAGUGCAAGCCUGUGGUUGAGAGGCAGUGGAGUCUAUAAUAUGGAAUAGGCAGUAUAUGUCGUCUGAAGCCAACCAACCCUUUAUGAAUCCUGAUUGGUCAGAAUUAACCAAUGAUGAUAUGCAAGUCUGUAGUCUUUUUGACAAGACCUUCGCAAAGAGUUUAAAAUCACAUUUCAAAAUUGAUAAGGGCCUGUAGCUUGAACAUUCAAGUGGGUCCACACCUUUCAAUAGCAGGGAAAUAAUAGCUUUUUUGUGGUCCCUAUGGAAUGUCCCAAUCUCCAGCGAGUGUUUGAUUGAGUCUAGUAAUACAGAUCCGACUAAAUCCCACACAGCCAACAAUAAUUUAGGAGGGAUACCAUCCAACCCUGGAGACUUGGAUUUUGACAUUGAAUCAAAGGCAGUCUUCAGUUCUGCCAAGGAGAUGGGAGCAUCUAAUAGACUGACUUGAUUAAGAGAAAGGGAAGGAAGUUCCAAGACAUUUUUAAAGGACAACAUCUUCCUAUAGUCUUUAGGGAGCUCAGAAGGAAACAGAUUGGAAUACAAAGUAGUGAAAGUAUGAUUAAUUUGGGAGGGAAAGCUACAAAGGUCAGCGUUAUUGUUCCUAAUGACAUCAAUAGAUGACAAAUAUUCAAUUUGCUUUAGUUUCAUUGCCAAGUGCCUACUCGGUCUAUCCGCAUUCUCAUAGUCAUUCUGUCUCGCUUUCAAAUGAAUAAAUUCAGCCCUAGAACUAGUCACCAUCUUAUUCUCAGUUUUAAGAAUGGUGAGUUCUCUCUGCCCAUCUUCAGUGUAGUUAGACUUUUGCAUCAACUCUAGAUGGGCUAUUUCUCUCUCUAAUUAAGAAAGCUGAUGGUUGUGUUUUUUAUUCUGAUUUGAUAUUCCUAUAAUGCAACACUUUGUUACUUCCCAUAAUGUAUGUUGGCCUACCCCUGGUUGUGCAUUAACCUUUAAGAAAUCAAAAUGUAGUUUAAGAAUUCCCUAUCCUGCAAAAGAAAAACAAUGAAACGCCAUCUCUUAAAACCUGUGAAUCCUGGAGAAAUCUCAAAAGAAAUCAAUAAGGGAGAAUGGUCAGAUAACAGCAUAGGUAAAAUGUUUGCAUGGGAUAUACAUUUCAGAAAAACAGGGGAGGUGAAGACAUAAUCAAUUUGUGAGAAAGACUGAUGAUGGGGAGAAAAUAAGAUAUCAUCUCUAGUACUAGAAUUCCUUAGGCGCCAGCCAUCCACGAUGCUCAAGUCAUCUAAAAUGGUCUUAAUAUAAUUUGAAGGUGCCCGGAGUGCCAAGAUAUUAGCACUGGUGGUAUUAAUAGUAGGAUCUAGAGUCAAGUUAAAAUCUCCCCCAAGGAUGGUCACUGAGUCUGGGAAGUCUAACAAUUUAAGCUUCAGGUCUUCAAAAAAGGAUUUAUGAAAAGCAUUUGGUACAUAAAUGGAGGACAAAGAUAAUGUAGUGCAGAGGUAUAACAAUACUGACCAUCAGUGUCUCCCCCAGAGACCCCCACCUUCAUAUUAAGAUUCAUUUUAAUUACAGUCAUAGCACCCUUGGUUUUGUUCGGGGCACAAGAGUAGGCUAUUAUCUUAUAAAAUGUAUUCUGACAUCUAUUGAUAUCAGUGGCUUUCAAAUGGCUCUGCUGUAGGAAGGCGAAAUUAUAUUUGUACAUUGUAAGUACUCUAAACAAGUUAAGAGGUUAAGACUAUCCAUGAGUUAGCUUGAGAUGUAAAUAUAUCCAAAAGCCUGAGAUUUGAAAACACUUCGCACAGAGUUGAGAUAGAAAUACUGUUCAGACAAACCCCAAAUUGAUCGUGCAGUCUACAAUUGUGAAUACAUACAAAUUCUAUAGUAUUUAAAAUGUAAUUAAAAUAACCAACAGAAAAAAAAACUUCAUAGAAAAGGCCAGUAUGCCAGGGGACAAAAGGGUUUACCCCCGAGAGAGCGACGGCUAGUAGACCUGAGUUGGCAGUCCCUUGGAUGCUGACACAAUAUGGGGACGCCAUGCAAACCUUUCCUGUGCUGCGCUAUCAUAUGGGCUGCUUAAUUAGCCAUAUAUAUCCUAUCUUUUCAUUCAAAAUCUUUCUCUCGAGCCACCAGUUCUGGUUAUAGACCGCACAUAGGCUACACGGACCCAUAGAGAUGUAUAGAGGGCACACUUGCCACUAGACAGUAAAGCCCUCUAUGGGCUUUGCUAUCACAGAAGCGAUCAAUGGCAAAGAUCAGAGGUGUGCCCUCUAUACAUUUUUAUGGAGGCAGCUGUCCUGACAUUUCUCCAAACAGCCUUUCUCCACUCGCUCGAAAACUAAAUGAGGAAACAAGUCAAGAUCAGAUCAUGCAAACAGAUUCUGAAAGUAACACACGUGUUAGUUGACAAGUAACUAAUAAUAUUACCCAAUUUUAAAAAGUAACACGUUACUUUACUCCAUUACUCGUAAAAGUAAUCGGAUGAUGUAUUACCCCCAACACUGCAUAUUAACACCUUUUGGAAAUCACUAAAGUAAGGAAAAUAUCUGAAGUUCUUAGUUAUUUCUCCUGAAAAUGCAACCUUGAAAAUAUUAAAUUAGUUUUGAUGGUAGCAAUUCCAAGUUCCAUACUCUCAUACGACAGACAUGAGUGUAGCAAAGCGAGACUAUUUCCUCAGUGACUGGUUUCCAUCUGGAUCUCUAAACUAUUUAACUGCUCUCCCUAUGAGACCAGAAUAGAACAGAACAGGACCUAACAGCCACUCAAUAUCUCGGACAUUAAUUGGUUUGAUUUGAGCCCUGGGAAAGGGAGGGAAGGGGACAGAACACAGGAGCCCCCAAAGACCACACUGUGUGACUUCAAAGAGCACUGUGGCACUGAUUUGUCACUUGAACUGAAAUUAUAGACAAAAGUAUAUGGACACCCCUUCAAAUUAGUGGAUUCGACUAUUUCAGCCACACCAGUUGCUGACAGGUGUAUAAAAUCGAGCAGACAGCCAUGCAAUCUCUAUAGACAAGCAUUGGCAGUAGAAUGGCCUUACUGAAGAGCUCAGUGACUUUCAAUGUGGCACCAACCAGUCAGUUCAUCAAAUUUCUGCCCUCCUAGAGCUUGCUCAGUCAACUUUAAGUGCUGUUAUUGUGAAGUGGAAGCGUCUAGGGGCAACAACUGCUCAGUUGCAAAGUGGUAGGCCACACGAGCUCACAGAACGGGACCACCGAGUGCUGAAGUGCGAAGCCCGUAAAAAAUAAUAUGUCCUCGGUUGCAACACUCACUAACUGCCUCUGAAAGCAACAUCAGCACAAUAACUGUUUGUUGGGAGCUUCAUGGAAUGGGUUUCCAUGGCCGAGCAGCCACACACAAGCCUAAGAUCACCAUGCGCAAUACCAAGCAUCGGCUGGAGUGGUGUAAAGCUCGCCGCCUUUGGACUCUGGAGCAGUGGAAACGCAUUCUCUGGAGUGAUGAAUCACGCUUCACCAUCUGGCAGUCCGACAGACAAAUCUGGGUUUGGCGGACGCCAGGAGAAUGCUACCUGCCCAAAUGCACAGUGCCAACUGUAAAGUUUGAUGGAGGAGGAAUAAUGAUCUGGGGCUGUUUUUCAUGGUUUGGGCUAGGACCCUUAGUUCCAGUGAAGGGAAAUCGUAACGCUACAGCAUACAAUUACAUUCUAGACGAUUCUGUGCUUCCAACUUUGUGACAACAGAAUGGGGAAGGCCCUUUCCUGUUUCAGCAUGACAAUGCCCCCGUGCACAAAGCGAGGUCCAUACAUAAAUGGUUUGUUGAGAUCGGUGUGGAAGAACUUAACUGGCCUGCACAGAGCCCUGACCUCAACCCCAUCAAACACUUUUGGGAUGAAUUGGAACGCUGACUGCGAGCCAGGCCUAAUUAUCCAACAUCAGUGCCCAACCUCACUAAUGGUCUUGUGGCUGAAUGAGGCUGUUGUAGCAGCAAAGGGGGGACCAACUCCAUAUUAAUGCCCAUGAUUUUGGAAUGAGAUGUUUGACGAGCAGGUGUCCACAUACUUUUGGUCUAGUAGUGUAUUUUGACAGAGAGAGAGAGAGAGAGAGAAAGGGAGAGAGAGAAUGUGUGUGUCUACAUGCUCUAGGUUUUUAAGUCAAUUUCCAGGUAAGCAGUAUGAAAGUCACGUCAGUAAAUGUGUAAACACAUUCUUCUUCUGCAGUGUCCUGACUUCAGAAGGCCCAGGGAUAUAUCUGCAGAUUGGGUGACUGGCAACAUCUACUGGACAGACCACUCUAGGAUGCACUGGUUUAGCUACUACAACGCCCACUGGAGGAGGCUCAGAUAUUCCAUCAACGUGGGCCAGCUGGGAGGGCCAAACUGCUCUCUUCUCAUCACAGACAUCGCUGGGGAGCCUUACUCUAUCACUGUUAACCCAGCUCGAGGGUAAGAUUAAUCCUUACAUUAAUUACAUUUUAGUUGCUAGAUAAAACAACCACAUAUCACAUUGACACAUUUUAGACUUAGACUAUAUUUUCUCUUUGGACAGAUACACAACAGAUUAUGCCUGGUCCUCUGCUCUGUCCUUUAUACCUGUAAAAAUGACCUAUACUUCCUUUACUUACUUCCUGUACUUCCUAUAGGAUGAUGUACUGGACAGUGGUAGGAGACCACUCCCACAUCGAGGAGGCUGCCAUGGAUGGGUCUAUGAGGAGAAUCUUACUGGAGAAGAACCUCAGGAGACCCAGUGGUAGGUGUUCUGGAACUUCUGGUCAUGUGACAUAGAACAAUACCUUCAGUAAGCACCCAUAAGCAGGAAGUAUGGAGCUGUGUACUUGUAUAUUUGCUAAUCAAUAUCUGGUUUAUUUUAGUGUAGAGUGAUACAUUUUGAUAGAAUGCAGCACCUGUCAGAAGGAAAGUUUGCUGCACUUUACAACAGCUCACAUAGAGCGAAUAAUAUAUUUUACAUCUUCACAGGACUUGCCAUUGAUUAUUUCAACCAGCGUUUGUACUGGGCUGAUACAGAGUUGUCUGUGAUUGGGAGCGUUCGAUUCGAUGGAUCGGACUCUGUGGUGGUGGUGAGCAGUACACAUGGUGAGCAAAGCACAGACUAACACAGAAGACAUGCAUGUCCUUAACCCUUUACACUCAUUGAAAUUGGCCUAUAUGGAUAGGGCAAAAUUGAAAUGUUUCCUACAGAAGUAAUACGGAAAGCAUAUGCAUAACCAUGGUAGCAAUUAAAAGGGAACAGUUUGGAGAUUAUGGGAAAAUGAUUAGACUAAAGGUGAGUACACAACAGUUUACCUGACACAAGACUGAAUCCAAACAUUACACUGUUGAUUUGAUGUGCAUUUGACAUUUUUGCCGCAUUUGUUGAUAAUGAAAUCUGAAAAUACUCUGAAUACGUUCAGUAACAUAAGAAUAUUAUUGUAAAGUUUGGGGUAGGUGCAACAUAAGACAAAAAUUGGUGUCUCCAAGUGGCCACAUACCUCUCCAAAGUGUGCACAGUUCCUAAGUAAUUUCAAUGAAGUCAAAUAACGUAUUCAACUAUAAGGUACUUUUUCUUUAGCUCUGCUAGCUGUGCCGUUGAGGAAUUAGAGCAAGCACACUUGUAGUUGUUUUGUUUGGAACACAGCCCUGCAUGCCCGCCUUUACACUAUUACUGUUGUUGUUUACGCAAUCCAAUAAAUAAAUCGCAAUCUGAGUCAGGUGGGCAUGGUUGGUUGAAAGCUUGUUCUAUUGCCAACAUAACUAGCUAAAUUAUAAAAUACGAUCUUACAGUGUUAGGCUUUCACAAGGCAAUUCAGAGAAGCAGAUCGUAAUUUUGGUGCGCAUAGAAUGGAGUCAUGAGUGCAUUCAGAUGCGUGUGCCGCGGCAAAUUCGCUUCACAAUACAACAAACAUAGGCUCAUUCUGUUCAGGACAACACGGGUAUAACGCCAUGUCAUCUUGUAACUACAUCAAACAUAGUGAUCAUAAACGUUGACACUGUAUAUUAAAUGAGUUUUAUGAUAGGGAAAUGUGAAGCGCGCAUUUGGACUCACAGGUGUUUGGCUUGCUUGUAUGACAUCAAAGCAGUAUUUUUUAUCAUCCUCAACAUCCCGUCUUUCAAAAUACAUUGAGUCAUCUUAAUUUACAGCAUUUCCCUCGCUCAGACAGCCAAAAAUUUGCUAAAGUUGCCCAAUUAGCAGGAGGGAUGGGGGCAACUUCCUGUCGCAUGCGGUGCUCAAGUUCAGAGCGGUUGUCAGUCAAAACCCAUACAGAGCUCUGAUGUCAUGUCACUGUACAGCCACUGCGUUCCAAUUUAGGCGCUUAUCAGUGUCCAUAUCUGCCAUUUUCAACCCGUAUACAGGUACGAGUGUAAAGGGCUAUGUUGCAGGUUGCAUCUUCUUUAAUUGUCCAUUCCCUCAACUUUUUGUCAUUCUUAUCAAAUGCGCCCGGCUCAUCCCUUCAAGGGUGGAGGGUAGAGCAAUAGAAAAUGUUGCAAAAUAUUAUUUGCUAUUAUUUGGAAUUCAGAUUAAUUAUUGAGGGGCCCAUUUUCUCCCUUACUAGUCUAGUGUUACAGUUGUUACCACUUGUUCUCUCCCAAGGUCUUUCCCAGCCUGUAAGGAUUGAUAUCUUUGAGGACUAUAUCUAUGGGAUCGGGAUGAGGAAUGAUGUCUUCCGGGUCCAUAAGUACGGAAAACAGCCAAUGGAACGGCUCCAUCUGGGAGUAGAGAGACCCUCCAUUAUCUUGGUCCUCCAUCGCUUCAAACAGCAAGAUGGUAGGCUAACAAUCACCUUAACAAUCACUUUCUCUUUCCCCAUUCUCUUUCUUUCCGUCUCUCUCUUUCUCUCCUCUCACUCUGUCGGUCUGUCUGUCUGUCGGUCUGUCUCACUCUCACUCUCUCUCUCUCUGUCUCUCUCUCUCUCUCUCUCUCUCUCUCUCUCUCUCUCUCUGGCUCCCUCUCCCUUUCCUCUCCUAUUCCCUCUCUCCAAUGACUGCUGGCAGUUGUUUGUUUACUGUCGGUCUGGUUCUGUGGGUGUUCUGUGAGAGUUGAAUGACAAUGUGGUCAUCUGUUUGGUGGGAACUUUACGCCUCUAUAUGCCACUUUUAAGGGCCAGUUGAAGCCCUCCCUGAUGCAUCAUUAGCCCUAGCUCCAGCCCAGAGGUUCACACUGUUAUUCUCUCUCAGUUAAACACAAUAAAAAGGAUCUCAUGUUUGAUUUAAUGCUGCUGUACACAAAAUAAUAGUGUCUCAUGUUAUGUUUGAUUGCUCUUCUACUAUACAAUACUUAAGGUCUUUGAAAAGUUUGAGCCUUUCAUUAUGACAGAACAUGAUUUUCUCUUAGUGUGUCAUCUUGAUAUUCAUUAUUUUGUCUGUGUUACAUAAUGUCAAAUGCACAGAAUACACGAACUGCAACCAACCAGGUCCACUCAACAACAGUGCUACAGUGCACAGUCUUCUACGUACUACACUCUACAAACUCACAGACCCUGCUUUCUAACCUUUGUCCCAUUGGUUGUGUCAGUGUCCAAUCCGUGCCUGAGGAUGGGCUGUGACUUCCUGUGUCUGCUCAACCCUGCCGGAGCCAGCUGUUUCUGUCCUGAGGGGACCACGCUAAUAAACAGGACCUGCAGGGACACCAACACAUCAGGUACAGUAGGACACCAAUGUGUUGGGUACAGUAGGCCUAACUGUCAACCAGCUAUUCAAUGAGCAGGGACACUGACAUCUCAGUACAGUAGACUGCAGGGACACUGACAUCUCAGUACAGUAGGCUAAAGGGACACUGACAUCUCAGUACAGUAGACUGCAGGGACACUGACAUCUCAGUACAGUAGGCUGCAGGGACACUGACAUCUCAGUACAGUAGGCUGCAGGGACACUGACAUCUCAGUACAGUAGGCUGCAGGGACACUGACAUCUCAGUACAGUAGACUGCAGGGACACUGACAUCUCAGUACAGUAGGCUGCAGGGACACUGACAUCUCAGUACAGUAGGCUGCAGGGACACUGACAUCUCAGUACAGUAGGCUGCAGGGACACUGACAUCUCAGUACAGUAGGCUGCAGGGACACUAACAUCUCAGUACAGUAGGCUGCAGGGACACUAACAUCUCAGUACAGUAGGCUGCAGGGACACUGACAUCUCAGUACAGUAGGCUGCAGGGACACUGACAUCUCAGUACAGUAGGCUGCAGGGACACUGACAUCCCAGUACAGUAGGCUGCAGGGACACUGACAUCUCAGUACAGUAGGCUGCAGGGACACUAACAUCUCAGUACAGUAGGCCUGAUCUGCCUGUCAACCUGCAAUACUUUCAUUUGAUCCACAUCCAACUGAGACUGGAUCUUUCAUAUGCUGAGUAAAUUGGAGUGAAAGUGAAGGUACCGUGCAAGCAGUCGUGCAUAGAAUAGUCAGGACAGCCCAUUUGAGUUCCAGCCUUUUAGAAAGUUGGGUUAAUCCCCUCGUUAGAUAUUAAUGGGAGCAGGUCAAGGUUGCCAUGGUUUUACUCUUAACACGUGGGCCUACAUUAUUUUGCUUUCAGGAGAGCUGUGUCGCCCCGCCUGCGACAAUGGAGGACGAUGCAUCACCAACGAGAAGGGGGAGCUGCGAUGUUACUGCUGGCCAAAUUUCUCCGGGGAGCGCUGUGAAGUCAACCACUGUAAAGACUACUGUCAGAACGGGGGCACAUGCUCAGGCUCUUCCAUAGGUAAGCUCCUUCUGCUACACGUGUGUGUGUGUGUGUGCUCCCUGCUCUUCCUCUGGGACCUCCAGGACAGGAGAGGGCGCUCAUCCAUCCAUGACUAUGGGAAAUUAGGUUUGGGACCUGGUUGGGACCAAGGCCCCUGUCCUGUCAACCAAUGAGAUCUUGCCCACAGAUGCCAGUUCUGCUGUGACAACUUCUGGCUUCAUGAUUGAUAAUCUGCUUCUAAAUAAUUAUCGCACUACGUCGCGUGUCCAACUUAUUCCAUGGAGGGCAGAGUGUCUGCGGGUUUUCACUCCUCCCUUGUACUAGAUGGAUCAAUUAAGGUCACUGAUUAGUUAGGAACUCCCCACACCUGGUUGUAUAGAUCUUAAUUGGACACUAAUGUAAAGGAAAUAACUCAAACCAGCAGACACUCGGCCCUCCAUGGAAUGAGUUUGACACUCCUGCUCUAUGUAGUCAUUGAUUGUCAGGGAGCCAUAGGAAAGUGCAGUGAAAAUCCCUUAGUUUGACUACCCUUGAGAGAUAUAAGCUAUAGAUGCAUCUGAAAAUACGUAUGUGUCACGAACGUUGAGAGACGGGUCGGACCAAGGUGCAGCGUGAAAAGCGUACAUGUUUAACUAAAUAAACACUCAACAAAACAAGAAACAACGUAACGUGAAGUCCAAAGGGCUAUACACACACCAGCCUAACAGGAACAAGAUCCCACAAUACACAGAAGGCAAUGGGCUACCUAAGUAUGAUCCCCAAUCAGAGACAAUGAGCGACAGCUGCCUCUGAUUGGGAAUUAUAUCCGGCCAGACAUAGAAAUAGGAAAACUAGAACCUAAACAUAGAAAUUCUAACAUAGAUACUCACGCCCUGACCAAACCAACUAAAGACAACCGGCCUCUCAAGGCCAGGGCGUGACAGUAUGGCCCCACUUUGGUAUUGCAUUAGCGAAUACGUCUACAGUACCACCAUGAAUAUGCAAGACACGCUUUAUGUGCGGCAUUGCUAUCCAUUUUUUAACAGUUGUUAAAACACAUUAAAGUCCCCAAAGUCCAGUUCCCUGUUCCGUUACAGUAAAUGCAUAGCAAGGGAUUUAUUUUUUCUCUUCAAAAUAAAUAAUUGAGAGUGGAGAUAUAAAUAAAUGGAUCAAGCUUUUCUCUUUUCUUUCUCUUCCGAGGAAAUAUUUGGGAGGAGUUUGAAGCGAGGAAAUGGGGUGGUCAAAUAUUAAUGUGUGAAAUAACAGUUAAAUGUUAGUGUUGGCAUGGCGACAUCAAUAACACCUUACCCCUUAGCUGACAGAUGGGAUGGAACAGCAGGAGAAAGAACUUCAGACACACACACACACACACACACACAUACAAACACACACGCGCGCAGGCACACACACACACAGUUAGUUUCUAUUCAUCCCAGUCAGGAGCAGGCAGCAGAUGUUGUAUUUCAGAUGUAAGCUCUCCAAGCGGUCAUAGGACCAGUGUGAAACUAGUUGAAAUCCUUCCAGUGCAAAUAGACAUGGCUGUUUAGAAAACAUUGGACCUUGGGGGUCUCUUUGUGGGCAUCACCUUUGUGUGUGUGCGUGUGUGUGUGUGUGUGUGUUUGUGUCUAUUUGGAUGGGAAUUGGUUUUGAAUAUCUGAAAUGUGAGAGAAAUCACAUCUGCCUUGUGUUUGCUUGCUUUUCCAUUAUGACAGUUGGACAGUGGAAAUGCUUGUGAUUAUAUUGAUUUGUGCUACACAAUUUUGAGCCAAUUUCAAUAGAAUGUCAAAUAUAUCAAACUACAUUUUUCUCCCUCCUCUCUCUCUCCUCUCUCUCUCUCUCUCUCUCUCUCUCUCUCCUCUCUCCUCCUCCCUCCUCCCCUCUUCUCUCUCCUCUCUCCCUCUCUCUCCUCUCCUUCUCUCUCUCCCCCCCCUCUCUCUCCCCUUUCUCUCUCUCUCCUCUCUUCUCUCCUUCCUCUCUCCUUCUCCCUCUCUCGAUCUCUCCCUCCCUCUCUCUCUCUCGAUCUUUCUCAGGGAGGCCUACAUGUCGUUGUGCUGUGGGGUUCACAGGGCCGGUCUGUGAGAGAAGGGUAUGCGAUAACUACUGUCUGAAUGGGGGCACCUGUGACGUCAGCAGGGGGAACCAACCAGUGUGUCGCUGUAUGGCCGAGUACACUGGGGAGCGUUGUCUCUACCGUGAGUCAGACACACACACACACACACACACUAAGAUUGGCCUGUUUUAGGACAAGCAAUCGAUCAAUAUUUAAUGUUGUGUUCAGUCUCCGCAAUGAGAAGAGAGGGGUUUGUGGUUUCCACAUUUACCUCAACAAUAAAGAUCAGUUGGAAUAUUUUGUUAGUCUCCUCCACCCUCUCUCUGGUGGUUUAAAAGAAGUUUGAUAGGAAAAUCACUUCAAAAGAUGCUUGUUUGCUUGCAACGGCUCAGUUUCAAGGGCUGAACAAAUUGAUUUUGCACUGAUUGAUACAGUGGAAUGUAACACAUGAAAUAAAUAAACUUGUUUUUCUCCAUCUUGGUUCCAGAUAUCUGCCAUCACUACUGCACCAAUUCGAAGGCUUGUACCCUGUCUAGCAAGGGUCACGUGGAGUGUGUGUGUUCAACCAGAUAUGAGGGAGCGAAAUGUGAAGUGGACAGAUGUCUCCAGUGUCGAGGGGCACCGUGUAUUGUCAACCCGGAGACAGACAACGUGUCCUGCAAGUAAGUAAAUGCAUAAGGUGUUAUAAAUGCAUUAUAAAUAUGCUUAAAAUGCUUUAUGAAGUCAUUGCCAUAUUCCCUUCAUUUCUGUACAGCUGCAGUAACGGCAGAGUGGCAGCCACCUGUCAGCUGUGUGAUGGAUACUGUUACAACGGAGGAACCUGUCACCAGGACCCUGAGACCAGCCUGCCAUUCUGCCAGUGAGUCAGCACAAUUGUUAUUAUUUCUAUUGAUUCUAUUGCUUUCAAUUGAGUAGGUUGUCAUCAUCAGUUUUCUCAUCAAAGUACUGUACAUCUCUUUGACUGUGUUUACACAGGCAGCCCAAUUCUGAUAUUUAGCUGAAUUAUUGGCAAAAGAUCUGAUCUGAUUGGCAGAAGAUCACAAUUGGGCUGCCUGUGUAAACGCAGCCAUUGUAUUUCUCUUCAUUCUGCUUUCAGUUGUAUCUCACACAGCACUGAUACAAUGAGUGGUAUUGAAAGUGGUUUUGUGGUUUUGCUGUGAGAGACAGAGCAGGGACUGUACUAGAGACUGUAUUAGACCCAGGAUACUAAGAUAGGAACGUAGUAGAAAAUAAUGAGGUCUCACACUGAGGUGGCUUAUUUCCACGUUUUUCCAAGAUAAAACGGUUUCAGUUUUCCAUUUUCUCUUGCAGAUUAUAUGAUAUACCAUAUUAAAGUAUACAGAGGCUUUUGGUUGUGUUUGUUUCAUGGGCUUGCAUCACUCACAAGAGGCUUUUCAAAGUUGAUCUUCUAUGUACCUCCCUUUGUGGUGCCCCAAGCUAGAACCAUUAGUUGCAUCAUCAAUAUUUGGACUUUUGGAAUUAAUCAUAUACUGUAUUGUACAAGUGUUUCAGUCUUUAUAGCCAAAUUAAUUAUAUAUACCAAUUGAUUCUUGAAGAAUAUAACUUACAAAUGCCUCAUGAGCUUAGUUCAAGUGUCAUACCCCAUCAGAACCCAAAAUAUAAUCUUAUUUUACUCCAAUGUUUGUAAACAAUGUAAAUGUCAACAAACACUGUAUAUCCUUAAAACAUUGUUAAACUAUAAUUGUGAUAUCAUGGACGGUCAGCCCUUGCAUCCAUAGCUCUGUCUAUCAAUUUGAGAGUGGUUCCAUUUCUCCAGGCCCAUCCCUCAGCCUAUUACCAAAACAGAGGUGGGGUGGGUGCUUUGUUAUUAUUUCAAUUAAGGAUUCUAGCUUUAAAGAGUAUGCCUAGAUACUGUUAGAUACCAUUGCCUCAGAUACUACAGCUUUGAAUGAGCGGUUUCCCUUGUGGGAAAAUGUGUUUAUGUUUUUUUUAUGCUUUUAUUUUUAUGUCAUCCGAUUGCUUGUUGUAUUGGGUUGUUGGUGGGGAAGAAAGACAUACCUAGAGGGCUAUAUGUGUCUAUAUGCUAUAGAUCUCAAACAACAAUCUGUAGGCUAUUCCAGCAGUUAAACUUAUUUUGCUCCCACUUGGCGUGACAUUGGAUGGAUUGCUUGCCGUAAUGCUUUGCUUUCUCACCUGAACACACACACAUCCUAUGGAAACACUAGGAUGGAAUAGGGCCUAGCUUCAUCUGUUCGGUUUCAUACUUCGUGUCAUCCAAUGGCCCGAGCUGGUGGACUGUGAGAAUGUGUUGUGCACUAUCGUCUUUGAUCUGUGCGUCCAAAAUGGCACCCUAUUCCUUAUGUGGGCCCUGGUCAAAAGUAGUGCACUUUAUAGGGAAUAGGGUGCCAUUUCAGACGCAGACUUUGUCUCUGUAUUCCUCCAUAUAUGAUCCGUUUAUGUGGCUAUAAUUCCUCUUUGCUGCAGCUGCACGCCUGGGUUCUUGAACCAGCGCUGUGACCAGCGGGCCAACCCCUGUGAUAACUACUGUCAGAAUAAAGGGAUUUGCACAUUAACUGCCUUAAACAAUCCCCAGUGCAAGUAGGUCUGACUUUUACCCCUCCUCUCUUCCCCUCCUCCCCCCUUCCUCCUCUCCUCAUCUCCUUCCCUCCUCCUCUCCUGCCAUUUCCGAGACCAGCCCUCACUGUCUCACUUUCCAGCAGCAUCCCACUCUGCACAUCACUCCCCCACUCAGACUCUCACCAGUACCUCUGUCUGUCUGUUUGUCUAACAUAUUGUACAAUAGAACCAACACAUUUGACAUGUUCCUCGUCCCCUCAUUCACAGCACAAAACACCUUAUGUUUCUCUCUUUGCACUAGCCUCUCAAUACAUUUUGUGAAAACAGGAUAAUAACCCAGUCUCUAAGUGCUAGAGAACCGUUUUCUGCAGCCAAGCAUAUUCCUAAGCAACAAAUGGUGUGAUUAUAUAGGUCAGCUACAAGCUGUCAUUCCCUUCAGGACUAUGAUUCAUGUGGUACCUGCAGCGAGCCACAGUCCCUCUAAUGAAACUUUGAUUAAAUGCUGCUUACAGUCUAUUUAAAAUCAGCUAAUAUCAUUUCAUCAGGUCACCCUUGUCAGAUUACAUGUAAUGUAAUUGCAUGUUUUCCUAUCCUCUGGACGAGGGAGGGGGAAGAGAGAACUAGUAAUGGAUCACGGUCUCUGGAUUACAUCCAAACCUUGAUGCGUCCCAUAUGGCACCCUAUUCCCUACAUAGUGCACCACUUUUGACCAGAUUCCUAUGGGCCCCUAUUGGCCCUGGUCAAACGUAGUGCAAAAUACAGGAAAUAGGGUGCCAUUUGGGGUGCAGACUCUGAGGUGAGAUUCUGCUUCUUUUCUUUAACUCAAUGAGGGAAUGAAUUAUGCAUGCAUGUUCCCUGAGACUUUACCAAAUGAGGAGAUGUGCGUGUCACAGGAGACGGCUGAGGGGAGAACGGCUCAUAAUAAUGGCCAGAAUGGCGCAAAUGGAAUGGCAUCAAAUACCUGGAAACCAUGUGUUUGAUGUAUUUGAUACCAUUCCACCAAUUCCGCUCCAGUCAUUACCACGAGCCCAUCCUCCCCAAUAAGGUACCACCAACCUCCUGUGGUGUGUGUGUGUCCGCUAUAGCCUUCUUGUUAAAGAGACUUGUUUUGACCAGCAGACAGCUAUUCAUACUCAUUGUGACUUUUUUUAGGUGUCCAGCUGAUUGGUCAGGUACACAGUGUGAGAGACCUGCCCCCAAGAACAGUCUGUCUGGCAACAUCAGCGGGGGUGAGUAGUAAGUAGAAAGAGUGUUAAAGAGACUCUCUCUCUCUUUAGCUCUCUCUCUCUCUCUCUCUCUCUCUCUCGCUUGCUCUCUCGCUUGCUCUCUCUCUCUCUCUCGCUUGCUCUCUAUCUCUCUCGCUUGCUCUCUCUCUCUCUCUCUCUCGUUUGCUCUCUCUCUCUCUCUCUCGCUUGCUCUCUCUCUCUCGCUUGCUCUCUCUCGCUUGCUCUCGCUCUCUCUCUCUCUCUCUCUCUCUCUCUCUCUCUCUCUCUCUCUCUCUCUCUCUCUCUCUCUCUCUCUCUCUCUCUCUCUCUCUCUCUCUAAUUAAUGUUCACUUUGAAAAUUCAGAUUUGAUUUGCCCUUACGGAAAAUGUAUCAACCCCUACAAAAAUGUCCAUUCAUUAUAAUCCAUAUAUUAAUUCACAUUUCCUGUUGCUGCAGGAUUAUUUUCCUGCUGUAGCAAACUGGCUCAAAUUAAGAUCCUACAUCUGUACACACACACACAAACAUAGACACACAAUCCUACAAGAAAAAUACGGUCUAUUUUCAGUUCUAAAAGCACUAUUGUCUGGGUUUUGGAGACCUUUUCAGACUCUUUGAACCACCCUACCCUCCCAGAGAUUGUAGUCUGACAUUUCACUGUGUAUUGCUCUCAGGGCCUAACUGUGCAGACUGAGCCUUUUACCCCCAUAGACUGACUUUAACUUUAGCAGAGUCAUAUAAAUUCAGUCCCCAUAUGAAGACCCUUGUUAGAACUUUGAAGAAAUACAUUUCCACCCCCUGAAGCUUUUUGGAACAUUAACAAAUUGUAUUGUUUCACUACAGAGAGGAGGGAAGGACGUUACGUAUUGAACAUGUUUAACUCAAAUAGUUUGAUCUGUGUGUUACAGGAAGCAUGGCCAUCAUUGUCCCACUGGUUCUGCUGGUGAUUCUCAUCACUACCAUGGCCUUGGGGGUUUUCAUAUGUAAGAGGAAGCAAAGGUAUGUCUUUACUUCUAAGUAGACAGAUUACAAAAGAUGCCCAGUCACUUCAUAUUACAUACAUUUUACAUUUUAGCAGACGCUCUUAUCCAGAGCGACUUACAGGAGGAAUUAGGGUUAAGUGCCUUGCUCAAGGGCACAUCGACAGAUUUUUCACCUAGUCUGCUCGGGGAUUAGAACCAGCGACCUUUCGGUUACUGGCACAACGCACUUAACCACUAAGCUACCUGCCGGCCCUUUUGUGUGAUUAAGGGUCAUGCUAUUCGUAGGAAGCAAUCAUGAAGGUUUGUAAUGCUCUUUUAACCUCAUCAAUGUUAUGAUCUACAGGGGGAAAAUAGUCCAGCGGCAGCCCAUGGCGAAUGGUGGGAUAAACGUAGAGAUCGGUAACCCCUCAUACAACAUGUAUGAGGUAGACCACGACAAUCACGCUGAUGCUGGGAAUCACCUUCAGCCAAGCUUCACCCUGGACCCACAUAAGGUUUUUUGAAACACUUACUCCUGUAUCCUCCCUUUUCCCUGAGUUACUAACAAGGGCUACGCAAUACCCACACUAGCGUACUACUUAGAACGCAUGCCCAAUACAUUGAUUCAGUGGUAUGCCAGUGUGGAUAUUGGUACGUUGCCAAUAGAGAAAUAUCUACUCUAUUCUAUUCUGGAAGGUAAAACUGUAAUGAUUAUGUGUUGUAGGGUUGGUGUGUGAUGUUUAUGUUGACAUUGGGUGUUGUAGGGUUGGUGUGUUGGUGUGAGGUCCAGUCACCUGCACACUCUGUCAGUUCACCAUGAAGGAGUUCAUCAUCUCCCCAAGGAGAUCCUUCCUGGACAGGUAAACUCCCUGUGAACUUACUGUCCUCUCUGGGAGAGAUUAUGCUAGUGCUGUAUAAAAGGCUACUGUAUAUUGAUACAAAGCCAAGGCCAUUGGGGUCAUUGUGGGGUUUAUGAGACAAUGCAGGAUCUCAUGUUGUAUUCAUGAAAGCUACGGUAAAGGCUUCCUCAAGAAUGUGUGUAAUAAGUGUUAUAAUUAAGCAAUAAUGCCCGAUCGGGUGUGGUAUAUGGCCCCUCGAGGUGCCUUAUUGCUAUUAUAAACUGGUUACCAACGUAAUUAGAGCAGUAAAAAUAUACAGUGAGGGAAAAAAGUACAGAACUGUACAGCCCUGGAGGCACCUCGUGAACCUAACUGCCCAACUGAAACAUUUGGAUUUGAAUUUGAAAGGACGGCAGGUGCAGGCACUUAACUGAAAAAUGUAAAGAUCUCCUCAAUUUAAGAAAAUGGACACAAUUCAAUGGAUAUCAAUCAACAAAGAGGUAUACAGACGAGAAGGCAUACAAACGUACAGUGAGGGAAAAAAGUAUUUGAUCCCCUGCUGAUUUUGUACAUUUGCCCACUGACAAAGAAAUGAUCAGCCUAUAAUUUUAAUGGUAGGUUUAUUUGAACAGUGAGAGACAGAAUAAUAACAACAAAAUCCAGAAAAACGCAUGACAAAUAUGUUAUAAAUUGAUUUGCAUUUUAAUGAGGGAAAUAAGUAUUUGACCCCCUCUCAAUCAGAAAGAUUUCUGUCUCCCAGGUGUCUUUUAUAUAGGUAACAAGCUGAGAUUAGGAGCACUCCCUUUAAGAGUGUCCACACCUGUCCACAGAAGCAAUCAAUCAAUCAGAUUCCAAACUCUCCACCAUGGCCAAGACCAAAGAGCUCUCCAAGGAUGUCAGGGACAAGAUUGUAGACCUACACAAGGCUGGAAUGGGCUACAAGACCAUUGCCAAGCAGCUUGGUGAGAAGGUGACAACAGUUGGUGCGAUUAUUCGCAAAUGGAAGAAACACAAAAUAACUGUCAAUCUCCCUCUGCCUGGGGCUCCAUGCAAGAUCUCACCUCGUGGAGUUACAAUGAUCAUGAGAACGGUGAGGAAUCAGCCCAGAACUACACGGGAGGAUCUUGUCAAUGAUCUCAAGGCAGCUGGGACCAUAGUCACUAAGAAAACAAUUGGUAACACACUACGCCGUGAAGGACUGAAAUCAUGCAGCGCCCGCAAGGUCCCCCUGCUCAAGAAAGCACAUAUACAGGGCCGUCUGAAGUUUGCCAAUGAACAUCUGAAUGAUUCAGAGGAGAACUGGGUGAAAGUGUUGUGGUCAGAUGAGACCAAAAUCGAGCUCUUUGGCAUCAACUCAACCCGCCGUGUUUGGAGGAGGAGGAAUGCUGCCUAUGACCCCAAGAACACCAUCCCCAUCGUCAAACAUGGAGGUGGAAACAUUAUGCUUUGGGGGUGUUUUUCUGUUAAGGGGACAGUACAACAUCACCGCAUCAAAGGGACGAUGGACGGGGCCAUGUACCGUCAAAUCUUGGGUGAGAACCUCCUUCCCUCAGCCAGGGCAUUGAAAAUGGGUCGUGGAUGGGUAUUCCAGCAUGACAAUGACCCAAAACACACGGCCAAGGCAACAAAGGAGUGGCUCAAGAAGAAGCACAUUAAGGUCCUGGAGUGGCCUAGCCAGUCUCCAGACCUUAAUCCCAUAGAAAAUCUGUGGAGGGAGCUGAAGGUUCGAGUUUCCAAACGUCAGCCUCGAAACCUUAAUGACUUGGAAAAGAUCUGUAAAGAGGAGUGGAACAAAAUCCCUCCUGAGAUGUGUGCCAACCUGGUGGCCAACUACAAGAAACGUCUGACCUCUGUGAUUGCCAACAAGGGUUUUGCCACCCAGUACACUAAGUCAUGUUUUGCAGAGGAGUCAAAUACUUAUUUCCCUCAUUAAAAUGCAAAUCAAUUCAUAACAUUUUUGACAUGCGUUUUUCAGGAUUUUUUUGUUGUUAUUCUGUCUCUCACUGUUCAAAUAAACCUACCAUUAAAAUUAUAGACUAAUCAUGUCUUUGUCAGUGGGCAAACGUAAAAAUCAGCAGGGGAUCAAAUACUAUUUUUCCCUCACUGUAUGCUUUGUCAUACCCAUGGUAUACGGUCUGAUAUACCACUGCUGUAAAUACAAUUAGUAUUCAGGGCUCAAACCACCCAGUUUAUAAUUGAAAGAAACCAUCUGCUGGUGUUCCACAUGGCUAGAGCUUGUCUACAGUCACCUGGUUGGAUGUCAGUGACAGUGUCCUUGUCUUGCUUGUUAAGCAACAAUAGGCUCUGGACGUGCUGCAAAAUACUUGAUCAUAUUAACACUGUUAAUUGUUGUAUAUACCCAUAUAGGGUGGGCGUCUGAAAGAUACGAGAGACUUUAAUAACUAAUGAAUCUAAUCUAAUUUUAUAUAAUGUAGGCCAAUGAAAAGGUUAUUAGCGCAUCCUGGCCAUGUUUAGUAUAAAAGUAAUACUCUCCUUUGGUUAUUGUGCUUUUUUUCCAGGGCAUAAACUACUCCAACCCAGUAUACGCCAAGUUAUACCUUGAUCAGGGACAGAACUGUCGGAAGCCCGUCAUCAAUAUUGAAGAGAGAAGAGCGCUACUCCCAAAGAAACUGGAGGCAACUAUACGAGAGACAGUUGCAUAG